CAUCAUAAAGAAGCGAGAUCAAAGAUAGAUAAAUAUAUAUAAAAAAUUAAAAAAAGAGAAUAUCAAGUGAAGAAGCAAAUCAAAAAAGAGAAAAGUGAUCGAGAGGUGUUCCAUUCUUCAAGUGCAGUUUCAUCUGCAUAUCUGAUUUGGUUGUCAUUUGUCAAAUGAUAGUUUAUCAGUGUUAGUAUAUAACGAAGCAACAAAAUGCAACGACAAAAUCCGAACCCGUACCAGCAGCAGCAGCAGCAGCAACAAGUGCAGCAGCAGCAGCAGUACUCCACUCAGGAGUACUCGCACUCCACCCAGGAGCAGCAUCAGCAGCAAAGGAUUAGCCGCACCGAACAGCAUGUUCAAAGGAGUCAAAUCACCAGCACCCAGCAACGAGUGCAACAACAUUCUGGCGGUGGCAGCAUCAUUGGCGGUGGCAGUGGCAUCAACUAUGUGCCACCCGCAUUGACACACGUCUAUGCCCAGGGCGACAUCUCGCCGCCGGUGUUCGAGCAGAUCUUCAAGAACGCUCGAUUCGCGCAGGGCGGCAACGCCCUGUUCGAGGGACGGCUGCGUGGCAAUCCGAAGCCAUUCGUGACAUGGACCCGAAAAGGUGCACCACUUCUCGAGUCGCAAAAGUUUCGAAUGAGCUACAACGAGGCCACCGGCGACGUCUCGCUGCUGAUCAAUCAGAUCGGACCCGGCGAUGAGGGCGAGUACACCUGCACCGCCCGCAAUCAGUACGGGGAGGCCAUCUGCAGUGUCUACAUCCAGCCGGAGGGCGCACCAAUGCCAGCGAUGCAGCAGCCCAGCAUCCAGAAUCUGGAGAAGAACAUCUAUUCGAACGGGUACUCGUACACGUCCAUCGAGGAGGAGUUCCGCGUGGACACCUUCGAGUACAGACUGCUGCGCGAGGUCUCCUUCCGGGAGGCCAUCACCCGUCGCUCCGGCUACGAGCUGGACUCCCAGCUCUCCCAGGAGCUCGAUCGCACCCUGGGCCCGGCGCACGCCCCACAAAUCUCGCAGAAGCCGCGCAGCUCCAAGCUGAUCGAAGGCUCCGAUGCGGUGUUCACCGCCCGCCUCGGCUCCAAUCCGAAACCGCGGCUCACCUGGUUCCACAACGGGCAGCGUCUGGUGGCAUCGCAGAAGUACGAGAUCUCCUAUUCGAGCGGCGUGGCCACGCUGCGCGUGAAGAAUGCCACCGCCAAGGAUGGCGGCCAUUAUACCCUGCUCGCUGAGAAUUUCCAGGGUUGUGUCGUCUCCUCUGCCGUGCUGGCCGUGGAGCCGGCGGCCGAGUCUGCCUACGAGCCGAAACCCGUCGACGUCAUGGCCGAGCAGCUGGAGGCGGGCAAGGCUCUGCCGCCGGCGUUCGUCAAGGCCUUUGCCGAUCGCGAGGUCACCGAGGGACGCAUGACGCGCUUCGAUUGUCGUGUGACUGGCAAUCCCUAUCCGGAGGUCUUCUGGUUCAUCAAUGGCCGCCAGGUGCGAGACGAUGCCUCGCACAAGAUUCUCGUCAAUGAGUCGGGCAGCCAUUCGCUGAUGAUCACGAACGUGACCCGUCUGGAUGGCGGCGCUGUGCAGUGUCUGGGCCGCAACAAGGCCGGCGAGGUGGCCAUCGAGGCGCAGUUGAGUGUGCUGGAGAAGGAACAGGUUGUUGCACCGCAAUUCGUUCAACGCUUCAGCACGAUGACUGUGCGCGAGGGCGAGCCCAUUACGAUGAGUGCCAAUGCCAUUGGCACGCCCUUGCCGCGCAUCACCUGGCAGAAGGAUGGCGUUCAGAUCUCAUCCACGGCCGAGCGAUUUGUGGGCAUUGAUGGCGGCGCCACCUGUCUGGAGAUACCGCGUGUCCAGGCCACCGAUGCGGGCUGGUAUCAGUGCACCGCCCAGAAUAUUGCCGGCUCCACGGCCAAUCGGGCCCGCCUCUAUGUGGAGGUGCCCAGGGAGCAGCCGUCGCAGGAGCAGAGGCGUCUCAAUCUGCCCCGACCCACGAAAGUGAUUGAGCCAGAACCCAUUCCUGGCCCCGAAAUCAUCUACUUGCGGCAUGUGGAGCGCGCCAAGCCCCAUCUGCGUCCGGGCGAGGAGGAUCGCGUCUAUCCGCCGCCACAGUUUAUUAUACCGCUGCAGAAUGUGCAGCAGACGGAGGGCGGUCGCGUUCAUAUGGAGGCGCGCAUUGAGCCCGUGGGCGAUCCCACAAUGGUCGUCGAAUGGUACCUCAAUGGCCGUCCCCUGGCAGCCAGUGCCCGUGCCACAUCUGUCUUCAAGUUUGGCUUCAUCGCCUUGGAUCUGCUGAGCAUCAUGGGCCAUGAUGCCGGCGAGUACAUGUGCCGCGUGAGCAACGCCAGCGGCGUGGCCGAGUCCCGGGCCAUUCUGUCCGUCGUGCAGCGUCCGUCCAUCGAUCAGACGUCGCAGAAUCCGAACAGCGUGCAGCACAUCUCACAGCUGGAGGACUAUUCGCGCUACCAGCGACAGGAGAGCGCCGAGGAGCAGCUGAAUCAGGCGCCACAAUUCAUACGGCCGCUGCGCGAUCUGGGCGAGUUUGAGGAGGGCAAGAAUGUGCAUUUCGAGGCACAGGUGACGCCCGUCAACGAUCCGUCGAUGCGCGUGGAGUGGUACAAGGACGGCCUGCCGAUUACGGCCAGUUCCCGGAUCACGGCCAUCUUCAACUUUGGCUACGUCUCGCUGAACAUCCUGCACCUGAGGGCCGAGGACGCGGGCACCUAUACGGUGCGCGCCGUCAAUCGCAUUGGCGAGGCCAUCAGCCAGUCUGUGAUCCGGGUGCAUGUGCGCUCGCAGGUCACCGCCGAUCUGGGCAUACCCGAACAGCAGCGCUAUAUCGAGAAGACCGAACAGCUGGAGGAUUAUCGCAGCAAGUCGCAGCAGCGUCGUCACGUCCAGGAGGCGCCCGAGCCCACUGCGCCGCCGCAGUUCAAGACGCCCAUUCAGAAUCAGCUGGAUCUGCGCGAGCACGCGCAUGCGCACUUUGAGGCGCGCCUGGAGCCCGUCGGCGACUCCACGAUGCGCGUCGAGUGGCUGAAGGAUGGUCAGCCGCUGGAGGCAAGCAGCCGCAUCACCACCUACCACAACUUUGGCUACGUGGCCCUGACCAUCAAGCAGCUGACCGUCUACGAUGCCGGCACCUACACCUGUCGCGCCUACAAUGCCAUGGGCCAGGACACCACCGUCGCCCAGCUGACGGUCAUCUCCAAGAAUGAAAUUGUCAGCGAGUCGCAGCAUCCGGGCGGCCUGCAGAAGAUCCAACAUCUGGAGGACGCGUCACGCUACGGUCGGCGCGAGGAGGAGGAGAUCUGCAUCAAUCAGGCGCCGCGCUUCCUGGGGCCCAUGAAGGGCACCACCAAGAUCCUGGAGGGGCAGCGCGCCCACUUUGAGGCGCGCGUCGAGCCGCAAUCGGACCUGGGCAUGCAGAUUGAAUGGUAUCACAAUGGGCGCUCCAUCACGGCCGCCAAUCGCAUUCAAACGUACUACGAUUUUGGGUACGUGGCUCUGGACAUAUCACAGGUGAGGGCCGAGGAUGCGGGCGUCUAUCUGGUGGUGGCCAGGAACAAGCUAGGUGAAGCUCAGUUGCAGGCAACGAUGGUAGUGGAAACUCGUUCCAAUAUCGACACAUCUAGCAUGCAUCGUGGCCUCUACGAGAAGACCCAGAAUCUGGAGAACAAACCGUUUGUGGAGCCCCAGUAUGACAUUGAGGAGAUAUCCAAGUCGAAGCCCGUUUUCGUGCAGCCCCUGGCCGAUCCCAAGCCCAUACACGAUGGCAAAAAUAUCCAUCUGGAGUGCCGUCUGGAGCCCAUGGGCGACCCAACGAUGCGCGUCGAAUGGUUCCACAAUGGCCGACCCGUGACAGUGGGCUCUCGCUUCAGGACCUACUAUGACUUUGGCUUUGUCGCUCUCGACAUUAUCAAGGCGACGGCCGCGGAUUCCGGCGAGUAUACGGUGCGGGCGACCAAUCAUCUGGGCACCGCCCACACCUCGGCCUGUGUGCGGGUCAUCGAUCGCACCGAUGUCGUCACCGAGACGCAGAACGAACAGUCGCUGGAGCAGAUCCAGCUGCUGGAGGAUUCGCGUCGGCGGCAGCAUCGCGAGGAGGACAUCACCGUGAUGCAAGCGCCGCAGUUUACGCGUGCGCUUCACAACAUCGAGACGGUGGAGGGCACCAAUGUGCAUCUGGAGUGCCGCCUGCAGCCCGUCGGUGAUCCCUCGAUGCGCAUCGAAUGGUUCGUGAAUGGCAAACCCGUCAAGACGGGCCAUCGCUUCCGGCCCGCCUACGAGUUCGAUUACGUGGCUUUGGAUCUGUUGGGCUGCUAUGCCAUCGAUUCGGGGGUGUACACGUGCCAGGCGCGCAAUCAGCUGGGCGAGGCCGUCACCUCCUGUUCGGUGAGGAUCACCUCCAAGAACGAUCUGAUACUGGAGACGCAGAACGAGUCGGGACUGCAGAAGAUCGCCUAUCUGGAGGACAGCUCACGCUAUCGUCGCCACGAGGAGGUCGAUGAGGUGGUACGCAUCCGUCCGCGGUUCCUCACCCAACCCAAGAGCCUGACCAACACGCGCGAGGGCGGACACGCCCAUUUCGAGUGCAAGAUCGAGCCCGUAACGGAUCCCAAUCUGAAGGUGGAAUGGUUCAAGAACGGACGCCCCAUUACGGUGGGACAUCGCUUCCGGCCCAUACACGAUUUCGGGUAUGUGGCCCUGGACAUUGUCCAUCUGAUUGCCGAGGAUUCGGGCGUGUACACCUGCCGGGCGGUCAAUCUGAUUGGCUCCGAUGAGACGCAGGUGGAGCUGCAGUGCCGCAGCGGCGAGCAGAUUGUCACCGUGACGCAGAACGAGGCGGGCCUCGAGCAGAUCCACUAUCUGGAGGACCGGUCGCGGUACAGCCGCCGCGAGGAGAUCGACGAGAGCACCAAGCAGGCGCCCGUGUUCACCACAUCCCUGAAGAACGUUGAGAUCAAGGAGAACCAGCGGGCGCACUUUGAGUGCCGCCUGAUACCCGUUUCGGAUCCGUCGAUGCGCGUCGAAUGGUACCACAACAAUCUGCCGCUCAAGUCGGGCUCCCGCUUCACGGAAACCUCCAACUUUGGCUUUGUGGCGCUCGAUAUUAUGUCGACGCUGCCGGAGGAUGCCGGCACCUAUACCUGUCGCGCCUUCAAUGCCGUCGGCGAGGCCAUCACCUCCGCGGUGGCUGUGGUGCACACCAAGAAAUCCAUUUACCUGGAGUCGCAGCACGAGACGGCGCUGCCGCGUCUGCAGCAUCUGGAGGAUGGCUCCAAGCGGCAGCGCAUCAGUGUCCAGGAUGAGUUCGUGUCCCAGGCACCCGUCUUCACGAUGCCCGUGCGCGAUGUGCGCGUCGCGGAGAACCAGGCGGUGCACUUUGAGGCGCGCCUGAUACCGGUGGGCGAUGCCAACCUGAAGGUCGAGUGGCUGCGCAACGGGCAGCCCAUUGAGGCCUCCAAUCGCACCACCACCAUGCACGACUUUGGCUACGUGGCACUGAACAUGAAGUACGUGAAUCCGGAGGAUUCCGGCAGCUACAGCUGCCGGGCCAUCAAUGAGCUGGGUCAGGCGGUCACCUCCGCCUCGCUGAUUGUCCAAUCGAAGACGGCCAUCCAGCUGGAGACGCAACACGAGGCGGCCAUGCACAAGAUCCAUCAGCUGGAGGAUCACAGCCGCUACCAGCGACGCGAGGAGGAGGAGUACACUGUGACGACGGCGCCCGUGUUUGUGACCAAGCUGAUUGGCCCCACCAAUCUGAAGGAGGGCCAAAGCGCCCACUACGAGUGCCGCAUCGAGCCGUAUCCGGAUCCCAAUCUCAAGGUCGAGUGGUUCCACAACGGCAAGCCCCUGAGCACCGGCCACAGGUUCCGCACCACCUACGACUUUGGCUUUGCCGCCCUGGACAUACUCACGGUGUAUGCGGAGGACUCCGGCGAGUACAGCUGCCGUGUGACCAACAAUCUGGGCGAGGCCAUCAAUUCGAUCCAGCUGAAUGUCACCUCGCGCUCCUCGAUCAUCCAGGAGACACAGCACGAGGAUGCCCUGUCCAAGAUUGCGCAUCUGGAGGAUGCCACACGCUUCCAGCGCAAGCCGGACGAGGAGCAGUUCCAUGCGGAGCGGCCGCAGUUCGGUCGCUCGCUGCGCAAUGCCAAGGUGAACGAGGGCGCGCCAGUGCAUCUGGAGGCGACGCUGAUACCCGUCAAUGAUCCCACCAUGAAGGUCGAGUGGUACUGCAAUGGCACACCCGUCCAAACGGGCCACCGCUUCAAGACCACCUACGAUUUUGGCUUUGUCGCCCUGGACAUCCUGUAUGCGCAUGCGGAGGACACCGGCACGUACAUGUGCAAGGCCAAGAAUGCCAUUGGCGAGGCAGUCACGACAUGUGCUGUAAACGUAACAGCAAACAAAACCCUCGAUCUGGACACCAUGGAUGCUGAGAGAUUGGAAAAGAUUCGCCAACUGGAGAGCUAUGCCCCACCCAGCAAGCCCGUGCUGGAGGAGAAGGGCUCCAAGCCGAUAUUCCUCACUCCGCUGAGCAAUUUGGAGCACCUCAAGGAGGGCGAACACGCCCAUCUCGAGUGCCGUGUGGAGCCCAUCAACGAUGCCAAUCUGAAGAUCGAAUGGUUCUGCAAUGGCAAGCAGCUGCCGAUGGGCCAUCGCUUCCGCACCACCCACGACUUUGGCUAUGUGGCGUUGGACAUUCUGUAUGUGUAUGGCGAGGACACCGGCACGUACAUGUGCAAGGCCACCAAUCUGCUGGGCGAGGCGGUGAACACGUGCAAUGUGCGCGUCUUGAAUCGUCGCAGCAUGAUCCUGGACACACAGCAUCCCGACGCGCUGGAGAAGAUCCAGAAGCUGGAGUCGAAGGUGGUGAAUGCGCGCACGGAGGUCGGUGAUCAUCCCAUCAGUCCGCCGCACUUUACGGCGGAGCUGCGCGGCUCCACGGAGAUCUACGAGGGCCAGACGGCGCACUUUGAGGCGCAGGUGGCGCCCGUGCACGAUCCCAAUCUGCGCAUCGAGUUCUACCACAACGGCAAGCCACUGCCGUCGGCGGCCCGCUUCCACAUCACCUUCGACUUUGGCUAUGUGUCGCUGGACAUCACCCAUGCCGUGGCGGAGGAUGCCGGCGAGUAUUCGGUGCGUGCUGUGAAUGCCCUGGGACAGGCCGUGUCGGCCACCAAUCUGCGGGUGAUUGCACGCGGCACCAUCAUCUCGGACACGCAGCAUCCGGAGGGUCUGGAGAAGAUCCGCAAGCUGGAGUCGACGGCGCCGCAUCAGCGCCAGGAGGUGGAGACACCGGGCACGCGGCAGCGACCCGUGUUCACGCAGCCGCUGCAGAACAUCGACCGGAUCAACGAGCACCAGACGGCGCACUUUGAGGCGCGCCUGAUACCGGUGGGUGAUCCCAAUCUGAGGGUCGAGUGGUACCGCAACGAGAAAAUCAUCGAGGACAGCUCGCGCAUCACCAAGCAGCACGACUUUGGCUUCGUUUCCCUGGACAUUUCGCACAUCCGGAAGGAGGACGAGGGCGUCUACAUGUGCCGUGCCGUCAAUCCACUCGGCGAGGCCGUCACCACCGCCUCCAUGCGGGUUGUAUCGGAGGCCAGCAUCCUGAUGGACACCCAGCAUCCGGACAGCAUCAGUCGCAUCCAUCAGCUGGAGAAACCGUUGGCGCCGCGUCCCAGCGAGCCGGAGCGCCUCUUCGAGAAGCCCAUCUUCACGCAGCUGCUGACCGGACCGUCGGAGCUGUGGGAGGGCGCCCAUGCGCACUUCGAGGCGAGGGUCGUCCCUGUGGGCGAUCCGUCGCUGCGUUUCGAGUGGUUCAUCAAUGGCGUGGAGCUGCAAAUGGGCUCCCGGCUGCGCACCACCCACGACUUUGGCUUCGUCACACUCGACAUUGCCGCUGUGGUGCCGGAGGAUGCCGGCGUUUACAUGUGCCGCGCCUACAAUGCCGCCGGCGAGGCUGUCUCCUCGACGGCCAUGAAGGUCAAGGCCAAAUCGAAUAUCGAUGGCCAGCCCUUGAUACCCGAAUCGUGGGAGGCCAUUCGCCUCAAGGAGGCGGCCAUGAAUCGUGUGCCCGAGCUGUUUGUCGACUCGACGCCGCAGCAGGCGCCGGUCUUCACGACGCAUCUGCAGUCGUACGACAAGCUGCACGAGGGACAGCAUGUGCUGUUGGAGGCGCAGGUGGAGCCACGCGCAGAUCCCAAUCUGCGCAUCGAAUGGUUCAAGAAUGGCGUCUCCCUGACCACCGGCUCGCGGAUACGCAGCACCUUCGACUUUGGCCUGGUGACGCUCUCCAUCAACGGCCUGCGCGCCGACGAUUCGGCCAUAUACACGUGCAAGGCCACCAAUCAAAUCGGCGAGGCUGUGUCCACAUCCUCGCUGAAGAUCGAGGACCGGCACUGGCUGCAGGCGGACUCGCUGCAUCCGGAUGCCCUGCCACGCAUUGGCGCACUGGAGGCGCCCAAGGCGGACCGGCCGGCGGCGCCAGAGCCCACCUACGAGACGCCCGUGUUCAUUACGCACCUGAACAACAUCGAGUGCAAGGAGUCGGACAAUGUGCGCUUCGAGUGCAACGUGGAGCCGGCGCGGGAUCCCACCAUGCAGAUCGAAUGGUUGCACAAUGGCCAGCCGCUGCAGGCGGCCGCCAAGUUCAAGUCCAUCUACGAUUUUGGCUACUGUGCCCUCGAUCUGACCAACUCGUAUGCGGAGAACAGUGGCGUGUACACGUGCAAGGCGACCAAUAGCCGGGGAUCGGCCACCACAUCGGGCACGCUCAAGUGCACCGGGGGCCAGACCAUGUACCUGGACACGCAGCAUCCGCAGGGCGAGAGCGGCCUGGAGGCCGUGCAGGAGACGGAGGAGGCGCUGGCCAAUCGGUAUGCCCAGAAAUCGAGCAAACCGGAGACGCAAUAUCCGCCGCCCGUGUGGACCAAGCCGCUGCUGGCCGAGUUCCAUCUGUCGGAGGCGCAGCCCAUCCACCUGGAGGCGAAUGUGGAGCCCAAGGAGGAUCCGAAUCUGUUCAUCGAAUGGUACUUCAAUGGCAAAAUGCUGCAGCAUGGCUCCCGCUUCAAGAUGACCACCGAAUUCGGUUUCGUAACGAUGGACAUGAUCGAGGUGUAUGCCCGGGAUCAGGGCAUCUACACGUGCAAGGCGUACAACAGGGCCGGGGAGGCGUUCACCUCCACGACCAUUUUCUGCUCGACCAAGGAGAGCAUCAUUGAGGCCACACAGCACCCGAAGGGCGCCGAGGGACUAGAACAGAUCCAGGAUCUGGAGGAUUCGCUGCGCAAGGAUGGCACCAGGCCGGAGCAGCCCGAUCUGGGCAUUGCGCCGCGCUUCACCACACAAUUCGUGAACAUUGCGGACAUCGGGGAGGGCGAGUUGGCCCACUUCGAGGCGAAUCUGAUACCGGUCGGCGAUCAGAGCAUGCUCAUCGAAUGGUUCUACAAUGGCAAAGUGCUGGAGGCCAGCCAUCGGGUGCGCACCAUCUACGCCUUUGGCACGGUGGCCCUGGAGGUGCUCGGCACCAAGAUCGAGGACACCGGCAGCUAUACGUGCCGGGCCACCAACAGGCAUGGCACGGCCGAGAUCAGCUGCCAGCUGGAGUGCGUGGACAAGCCGCGCGGCCAGAAGCCGCACUUCACCUCACACAUCCAGCCGCUGCAGGGCCUCAAGGACGGCCAGGCGGCGCAUUUCGAGUGCACCCUGAUACCCGUCAACGAUCCCGAGCUGAAGGUCGAAUGGUAUCACAACGGCGCCCUGUUGCGUCACUCGAAUCGCAUCAAGACCGUCUCCGAUUUCGGCUACGUUGUGCUGGACAUUGCCUACCUGCAGGAUCACGACUCCGGCGAGUAUGUGUGCCGGGCGUGGAACAAAUACGGCGAGGACUUCACGCGCACCACCCUCAACUGUGGCGGCCGUGGCGGCGUCUUCUACGACAGCCUGCAGCCCGACUCGUUGCAGCGCAUCCGCGAGCUGGAGUGCCCGCAGGGCCAGCAGGGCGACACCAGUGCACCGGUGGCGGCGGAGCCACCCAAAUUCAUCACACAAAUUGCGGAUGUCACCAAGCUGGUGGAGGGACAGAGCGCCCACUUUGAGGCACGUCUGACGCCCAUCACGGAUCCCGAUCUGGUUGUCGAAUGGUACUUCAAUGGCAAGAAACUGCCGCAUGGCCAUCGGUUCCGCACGUUCCAUGAUUUUGGCAUUGUCAUCCUGGACAUCCUCUACUGCUACGAGGAGAACUCCGGCGUGUACGAGUGCCGGGCGGUCAACAAGUAUGGCGAGGACUCGACCCGGGCGUCCCUCAAGUGCGCCUCCAAGGCGAGCCUCAUUCUGGACUCGCAGCUGCCGCGCGGCAUGGAGGGUGGCCUGGAGAAGAUCGCCAAUCUGGAGUACAGCAUGGUGCGCACACGCGACGACACCACCACCACCGAGGAGACCCGGGGCAGGGCGCCCGUCUUCACGGUGCCGCUCGAGAACAUCGACAACAUGCGUGAGGGCGAGAAUGCGCACUUUGAGGCGAGAAUAACGCCCGCCGAUGAUCCCAAGCUGAAGGUCGAAUGGUUCUGGAAUGGACGGCCGCUCAAGGCGGGCUCACGCUUCCGCACCUUCUGUGACUUUGGUUUCGUUAUACUGGAGAUUUCGCCCGUGUAUCCGGAGGACUCUGGCGAGUACUCGUGCCGUGCGAUCAACGAGUACGGCGAGGCCGUCACCACCUCAACGAUGAAGAUCCAGGGCAAGCGUUCGAUCAUCAUGGAGUCGCAGCUGCCCAAGGGCAUGGAGGGCACCAUCGAUCGCAUCGCCGAGCUGGAGGGCUUGGGCUCGCGCAGCACCGAAUUCGUGCCCGACGAUGACACCGGCAAGCCGCCAGAGUUCAUAACGACGCCCUUCGACAUGGUCAUCACGGAGAAUUCGCUGGCGCACUUUGAGUGCCGGCUGCAGCCCAUAAACGAUCCGUCGAUGCGCGUCGAUUGGUUCCACAAUGGCAAGGCCCUGUGGGCGGGAUCGCGCAUCAAGACCAUCAAUGAUUUUGGCUUUGUGAUACUGGAGAUUGCGGGCUGCUAUCAGCGCGACACGGGACUGUACACGUGCAAGGCCACCAAUAAGCAUGGCGAGGCGACUGUCUCGUGUAAGCUGCAGGUCAAGGGUCGCCAGGGCAUCAUCAUGGAGCCGCAGCUGCCAUCAAAUUUCCGCACCGGCACCGAGAGCCUCCAGAAGCUGGAGGAGAGUAUGCACAAGCGCGAGGAGAUCAUUAUCGAUGAGGAGCAGCCCAAUCCACCGAAAUUCACCGAGGACAUCAAGGACAAUCUGGAUGUGCCCGAGGGCGGACCCAUACACUUUGACUGUCGCGUGGAGCCCGUCGGCGAUCCGUCGAUGCGCAUCGAAUGGUUCUACAAUGGUCAUGUGAUGGCCACCGGUUCGCGGGUGCAUCAGCUGAAUGAUUUCGGAUUUAUUGCCCUGGAUGUGGACUAUAUAUAUGCGCGCGACUCCGGCGAGUAUACGUGCCGGGCCACGAACAAGUGGGGCACGGCCACCACCACGGCCCGGGUCACGUGCAAGGGCAAGCACAACAUUGUCUACGAGUCGCAGCUGCCCGAGGGCAUGACCUCCGAUAAGCUGAAGGAACUCGAACGCGGUCGCAUACCCGAGGCGCCCAAGAUCGUCGAACAGGAGUACGGACCGCCGCAGUUUAUUACACAGAUCAGCAACGUCACCGUGGAGGAGGCCGAGGCGGUGCGCUUCGAGUGCCAGGUGGAACCGAAAACGGAUCCCAGCCUGCGCGUCGAAUGGUAUCGCAAUGGCAAGCCGCUGCCCUCGGGUCACCGCUACAGGAACAUCUUUGACAUGGGCUUCGUAUCGCUGGAUAUUCUGUAUGUGUAUGGCGAGGAUUCUGGGGAGUAUGUGUGCCGUGCCAUUAACAAUCAUGGCGAGGAUCGCACUAGGGCCACAGUGUCCUGUAAAAAACUGCCCACAAUUCUGUUGCAAAAUCAAGUGCCACGCGGCAUGAAGCGCUCCGAUGCUCUGACCCAAAUGGAGGCCACCAUCAAGAAGUACACCUCGGAGGUGCAUCUGACCGAAGAUGAUCUCUUUGAUCCGGAUCGCAAGCAGCCGCCACGAUUUGUGACACAAAUCAAGGAACAGCUGACGCUCACGGAAAUGGCCGUCACGAAAUUCGAAUGCCAAUUGGCGCCAGUGGGUGAUCCCAAUAUGAAGGUUGAAUGGUUCUUCAAUGGCAAGCCAUUGCUGUACAAGAACCGCUUCCAGCCCAUUUACGAUUUUGGCUAUGUGGCCAUGAACUUUGGCUGGGUCUAUCCCGAGGAUUCGGGCGAGUAUGUUUGCCGUGCCACCAAUUUGUAUGGCAAGGACGAGACGCGUGCCUUCAUCAAGGUCUCCGGCAAGCCCGGCAUUGUCUAUGAUUCGCAGCUGCCGGCUCACAUGCAGAGCAUUGAUCGCAUACGUGAAAUGGAGGCCUCAUGGCAGGUUGUACCUGAGGAGGCUGAUCCCGAUGCCAAGCCGCGAUCGAAGCCUGUGUUUGUCAGCAAAAUCGAGCCGCAGACCGUGGAAGAGGGCGAACCGGCCAGAUUCUGUGUCCGUGUGACUGGACAUCCACGUCCCAGGGUCAUGUGGCUGGUCAAUGGCCAUACCGUGGUGCAUGGCUCACGCUAUAAGCUCACCAACGAUGGCAUGUUCCAUUUGGAUAUACCGAAGACCCGUCAAUACGACACUGGCAAGGUGGAGGUGAUUGCCCGCAAUUCUGUCGGUGAAUCCAUCACCCAAACUGAACUGAAGGUUGUCUCACGCUCCGAUGAUUAUCGCAAUGUCCUAAAGAAUUCGCCACGCCCCUGGUAUGAUUACGAGCUGGCCGCCUAUCAGAAGGAGCGCCAGGAUAAUGAACUGGAGAAGGUGUUCGAUGAGCGCAAGCAAUAUUUGUCCGAGCAGAGCGCACACACGCUCAAGGGCGUGGAGCAUCUGAAGCCGAAGCAGUACAAGCCACAGACACCCGACUGGCAGCAGAAUGUCAAGGCCAAGAAGAGCGAGGAGUACUACAACAAGCUGCAGAGCUUGGAGGUGGAGCAGCUGCUCAAGGAGACCAAUCUGAGGAGGGACAAUCAUCAGUAUGCCAUUCCCGGCGAGAAGGUUGUCAGCAGUUCAGCGGCCAAGGGCAUGGCCCACUCGUACGAGGAGAAUCUUCAAGAGCAAACGAGCACCACUCAGGUGCAGCCUGCCCCGCCAAAGGGCACCGCUGAACCCUCAGAAUCGUCGGUGCAUGGCCGCGAGGUGCACAUGAACAAGCAGCAGCAAGUGCAGAAGGAGAUCCAAGGUGAUCUCGAGAUCACGCGCAAGAUCACCGCCACCGAAACGACCGAAGUGGAGCACAAGGGCACCAUUCAGGAGCGCGUCGUCAAGGGACCCGUGAAGCCAUCCAAGGCACCCGUUUUCACCAAGAAGAUCCAACCGUGCCGCGUGUUUGAGAACGAACAGGCCAAGUUCGAGGUGGAGUUCGAUGGAGAACCGAAUCCGACGGUGAAAUGGUACCGCGAGAGCUUCCCCAUCCAGAACUCGCCCGAUCUGCAGAUCCACACGUUCAGCGGCAAAUCGAUUCUGAUUAUCCGCCAGGUGUUUGUCGAGGAUUCGGCCGUCUUUUCGUGCGUCGCUGAGAAUCGCGGCGGCACCGCCAAAUGCAGUGCCAAUCUCGUGGUGGAGGAGCGUCGUCGUGCCGGCAAGGGUGGCGUCCAGCCACCGAGCUUUGUUACCACCAUACAGAGCACCACCGUCUCUACCGGACAGCUGGCACGCUUCGAUGCCAAGGUCACCGGCACCAAGCCCAUGGACGUCUACUGGCUGAAGAACGGCAUGAAGAUCCAUCCGAGCAUCAAGUUCAAAAUGCUCGAGGAGGAUUCAGUGCACACUUUGCUCAUCAUCGAACCCUCUGCCGAGGACUCUGGCCGCUACGAGUGUGUGGCCGUCAAUUCGGCCGGAGAGGCGCGCUGCGAUGGCGACUGCGUUGUCCAGUCGGCCACAAAGCCGGAGAAACCGACGACACCCGGCAGCGAGAAGGCACCGCACAUUGUGGAGCAGCUGAAGAGCCAGUCCGUUGAGGAGGGCAGCAAGGUGAUCUUCCGCUGUCGCGUGGAUGGCAAGCCCACGCCCACAGCCCGCUGGAUGCGCGGCGAGAACUUUGUCAAGCCGUCGCGCUACUUCCAGAUGUCGCGACAGGGCGAAUACUAUCAGCUGAUCAUCUCGGAGGCCUUCCCCGAGGACGAGGGCACCUACAAGUGUGUGGCCGAGAAUAAGUUGGGCAGCAUCCAGACCAGCGCCCAGCUGAAGGUGCGUCCCAUCGAGAAUUUGGAUGCGCCACCCACCAUCACGGCCCUGAAGGAUGUCUCCGUUACGGAGGGCAUGCCCGCCCAAUUCAAGACGACGGUGACGGGCAAGGUGAAGGCCACCAGUGUGCAGUGGUUCCGCGAGGGACAGCUGAUACCCGAGACACCAGACUUCCAGAUGAUAUUUGAUGGCAACAGCGCUGUGCUUUUGAUUGGAACCACCUACGAGGAGGAUUCGGGCAUCUUUACAGUACGUGUGACUUCGUCCACCGGCCAGGUCGAGUCCUCGGCCAAACUGACUGUUAAAAAGCGUCGCAUCUCGGCCUUUCAAUUGCGCACAAUUGACUCCGCCGAAGAUGAGUCCUCAUCCUCUGGCCGGGAGGACAGUGCACCCGAUUCCCCGCUGCAGCCAGGACAGCAGAGGCCAGGAGGCCAACAGCAGCAGCAGCAACAGUUUGGCCAGUACCUAGGCGUCAAUGGCCAUGAGGGACGUUCGCGCACUAAGAAACCAAAAGUGAGAAGCAAAUCCCUGCAACCGGCCACAAAAGUGAUUCCAUGGCGCAAGUCGUCGCGUCCGAAUCGGGGCCGUUCUCUGGACAAGGGUGUCUUCCUGCCGGGCUUCAAGCCAGAGCCUGUGAAGUCCUGGACAGAGGAGACCAUCAGCCUGAAGGCCACGCCCAUCGAAAAGAAGAGGCCCACGCCGAAGCUGGAGGCUGCCACCGUGGUGCUCAAGUCCAUCAAAACGGAGCGGGAUCAGGGCAUCGUGAGUCUGGGCGCCACACUCGAGCAGAUAAUUGCUGGGAAGACGGAGAAGGAGGCAGUGCCAUGGAUCACCAUGCGGGAGAAGCUCAAGCAAGUGGAGAGCGUCUCGGAGCAGCUGAACAAGUUCGAUAUCGAUGAGGUUUACCUGCGUCCGCUCGAGGGCGCCAUCGAGACGGAGGAGCCACUGCCGCAGCAGGCGCAAGUGGAGCAGGAGCAGCGCUCCAAGGAGAUACAGCGACUGAAGAGCAUGGAGAGCGUCGAGAUUAUGGAGAUGACGGAUCAGAUCGAUCAGCUGAUCACCCAGCAGCAGAACAACAAGGAUCUGAUACCCUGGAAGGAGAUGCGCCAGCAGCUGAAGAGCGUGCAGCGUGUCACCAAGCAGAUUGACAAAUUCAAGAUCGAAGAAGUGGAACUGAAGCGUUUGCAGCAGGCCCAGCAGUCCAUUGCCGAGGAGAUUGUCCUCACCAUCGACGAGAGCUCCAAGGGUUCCAUCUCGAAGACCGUUCAGCGUCAGGAUCUGCAGCACUACGAGCAGGAUCAGUCGGGCAGCCACAAGCAACAGUUCAUCACCACCGAAGAUGUCAACAUUAUGCAUGUCUCACAGCGGGAGAAGCUGGAGGCUCAGCGCCUGAUACGCGAGCAGCAGGCCGUCAAUUGGCGGCAGCAGCAGCAGCGGCCACAGCUGCAGCCGCUCACCUCCGUGGAGGACACCAGUUCGCAGGCAAGCGAUCGCCAGAGACUGGUGCAACAGCAGAGCCUCAUCGAGGAGGCGCAGCGGCAGCAGUUCGUGCAGAUCGAGGACUCGCAGAUGAUGAGCCUCGAGCAGUACGAACACCAGAAGAUCAUCAGCCAGCGCACGCAGCAGGAGGCCUUCGACUGGCGACAGCCACGCGAGCCCCAAAAGUUCAUUCAAGUGGAGGACUCUUCGCUGAUGCAUUUGCAGGAGCGUCAGGAUACGCAGGAGCAGAAGUUGCUGCAACAGCAGCCCGUCCCGUGGGAUCGUGGCCUCAAGAAGCCGGAACAGGCACAGCCACAGCCACAGCCCCAGGCACCCGUCCAGGAGCAGCAGCAGCAGCCACAAUUUGUGGAGAAACCAAAGACCUACGAGGAAAUGCACGACGUGUUGCAGGAGCCGCUGCCUGUGGCACAGCCACAGCAGCAGCCUGUGCUGUGGGAACGUGGCAAGAAGCAAAAGCCUGCCGCUCAAACCUACGAGGAGUUGCACGACGUCUUGCAGGAACCCCUGCCCGUGCAGCAGCAGCAGCAGCCAGAAGCUGUGCCUGUCCUAUGGGAACGCGGCAAGAAGAAGGUGCUGCAGGAGCAGGUAACAACCCAAGAGGUGUUGCAGCAGACCAGCCAAGUGAUUGAGUCUCAAGAGGUGUUGCAACAGACCUCCCACAUUGUGGAGGAGACCAAAAAGACAGCCGUCCGGCGGGUGAUUCCCCCACGGGAACCCGAACAAAAGGUGGAGCAGGUGCAGCUGAAGCCCACGCCCAGACCACGUCCCAAAGAGGCGGAAAAGGCCGAGGACUUCCAGCUGAAGCCCCUGAAGAGCAUCAGACCCGUGCAGCAGGCGGUGGAGCAGCAGCCGGCACAAAAGGCCUACGAGGAGGCCACAGAUGAGCUGCCCGAUGAGGCACCCGUGCCACAAGCGGAGGCACAGCCGCAGCCUGUGCUGUGGGAGCGCGGCAAGAAGCAGAAGCCCCAACAGACAGUGGUCGAAGAGGCUGCCCCAACUCUGGAGGUUGCAGUCGACACUUUGGAGGAGGCAAAGGUUGCGCCCACAAAGCCACAGCCGCAGCCUGUGCUGUGGGAGCGUGGCAAGAAGAAGCCAGCACCCAAGGCGACACCGGUUGUCGAGGAAGCGGCACCCAAAACGCUCGAAGUGGCAGUGGAUACGCUGGAUGAGGAGCAGCAGCAGCAGCAGCAGAUUCAACCUCAGCCGCAGCCCCAGCUGUGGGAACGUGGCAAGAAGAAGAAAGCCCAACCCCUGCCCCAAGAAGUGGUCGAGGAAUCGCUGCAGGAAACACCAGUAAAGACCUACGAAGAGGCUGUCGAUGUCCUGCCCGAAGAGCCCAAAGUGGAGGAGACGCCACAGCCGGUUUUGUGGCAGCGUGGCAAGAAGAAGCCAGCAGCAACAAAGCCAAAGCCAGAGGCAGCACCAGAGCCAGAGCCUGUGAAAGAGGUGCAGCAUACCGAUGAGGUUGAUGCGCAAAUUGAAAAGGUCCUCGUGGAAGAGGAGGUGGAAAUUGUCCAAGAGAGGCGCAGGAUCAAGAAGGCCAAGAAGCCCAAGGCCACAGAGGAGGUGACUGCAGAGAUUGUAGAGGAAAUUCCCGAAGAGGAGAUCCCAGAAGAGGAGAUCCCCGAAGAGCUUGUCGAAGAGAUCCUGGAAGAGCAGGAAGAGAUCGUAGAAGAAAAGAAAAAGGUGAAAAAGGUCAAGAAGCCAAAGAAAAUUGUUGAAAAGACUGAAGAGGAGGCCCCAGAAGAGGAGGCCCCUGAAGAAGAGGCUAUCGAAGAACCCGAAGAGCUCGUAGAAGAACAGGAAGAGAUCCUAGAAGUCCAAGAAGUCCAAGAAGAAAUUGUGGAAGAAAAACGCAAGGUGAAAAAGGUCAAGAAGCCCAAAAAGACUGCCGAAACGAUCGAAAUCGAUGAAGAGCAGCCCGAAGAGGAGGCGCCACAAGAAGAGGAAAUCAUCGAAGAGCCAGAAGAGAUCACAGAAGAACAAGAAGAGAUCGUUGAAGAAAAGAAAAAGGUGAAAAAGAUCAGGAAACCGAAGAAGAAGGUAACUGCCGCAGAGGAAAGCGAAGAGGUGCAGCCCGAGAAAGAGGUGGAAGAACCAGAAGUCGAAGAGCCAGAAGUGGCGGAACCUCUGCCCGCAGAAGAACCCAAGAAAGCCAAGCCAAAGCCCCAAGAAGUGGUGGAGCAAGUGGAGAAAGUGGAACUCAAGCGCACGCCCCGCAAGCAACAGCCUCUGCCCGAGAGGGAACAGGUGGAGGAGGUGUCCCUGAAGCCCCUGAAAAAGACUGCAAUUGUCACACAACCAGAGGAGAUCGAAACGGAGCAGCUGAUCACCACCGAGGAGCAAAUUGUGGAUGUCACCAAGAAGCGGGUGAAGAAAAAGAAGCCCAAGCCAAAGGCAGCCACAGAAGAGGAGGCCACAGAGGAGCCAGAAGAAGCAGAAACCAUCGAAGAGGAAGAACUCGAGGAAGAGCAGCCACAGCCACAGCCAGAGAUAGAGACAGAAGAAGAAGAGGUGCAGCAGCAGCCCAUCCCAGAGGAGGAGCAACCGGUAGAGCCAAAGGCAGCACCCAAACCCAAGCCCCAGAGAGAAGAGAUCAUCGAGAGGGUGGAGGAGGUGGCCCUCAAGCGUGUCUCGCGACCAAAGAAGCCGCUGCCGGAGGAGGCCACCAUCGAGGAGGUGCGUCUCAAGCCCACCACCAGGAAAUCCAUCAAACCGGAAGAGGUGACACUCGAGGCGGUGGACCUGCAACAUGUGGAAAGGGUCGAAGAGGAGCUCAUCCAGGAGGAGAAGCGCAAGACCAGAAGGGUGAAGAAACCCAAGCACGAGGAUCUGCCGGAGAUUGCCGAUGCAGAACCCACACAGCUGGAGGAAGCGGAGCACUUGGACUUGGAGAAGGAGCCCAAGCAGCAGCUGGAACAGCCGCAGGUGCCGUGGAAGCGAGGCGAGAAGAAAAAGCCCGCGGAGGCGGUACUUGAGGAGAAGCAAUGGCCCAAGGGCAAGCGGCAUCUACUGCCCGCCGAGCAGCCCGAGGAAGUGCAGCUCAAGCCCAUACCCGCCAAGCCAGCGGAGGCGCCACAGCAGCCGGAAAAGGCCAUUCCCGGGCCCCAACUGCAGCCCCAGGAGCAGCCCGAAAGCGAAGAGGAGGAACUGGAACUGGAACCCCUCAAAGUGCCCGACGAUGCGGCGCCCAAGGUCAAGAAGGAAAAGAAAAAGAAGCCCAAACUGAAGAAGGCCACGCCAUCGGUGGAUGAGAUCUCCGAGGAGAUGGCCGAGCCAUUUGCCGAGCCCAUUGCCGAGGAAGAUGAGGUCGAAGAGAUUCUGCCCGUCGACGAGGACAAGGUGGUGGCCGUCUCCGAAGAUGUGCUGCCCGAAGAGGAGCUGCUGCUGCCCACGGAAGAGACGUCCCCCGAAGCGAAGCAGAAGGCACAAAAGAAGCGCACAAAGCGCCUCAAGCAGGCCGCCAUCGAGGGACAGCCACAGCUGCUGGAGGCAGCCAUUGCGGAAAUCGAAAAGGCGGACGAAGUAUUCCAAGAGAUCUCACAGAAGACCAUUACACUGCUCAAAAAGACUGAGGACACGCGACCGCAGUUCAUUACGACGGAGCAGCUGAUCGAACUGGAUGUGGAGGAUGUGCGCAGGGAUCUGGAGAUGAAGGUCACCUCGAAUAUCAUCAAGAAGGAGAAGAGGCGGGUGGUGCUCGACGACAGUCAGCCGCUGCCCGAGCUGGAGCUCAUCACACAGAAACGCAUCCAGGAGGGCAUCGACCGUAUGGCCGAUGAGGAGCUCAUCGAGGAUCAGCAGCUGACACAGAAUCGGCAGGAGACCACCACCUCCGAGGUGAUUGGCCAGGAGCGAAAGCUGGUGAAGAAAAAGAAAAAGGAAAUCAAGCCGCCGCGCAUCACUGAGAAGCUGCGACCCCGCCAAUGUGUGCCCGAGGAGCCCACUGUGUUGGAGUGCAAAGUGGAGGGUGUGCCCUUCCCCGAAAUCAAUUGGUACUUCAAUGACAUACUGCUGUUUGCGUCGGAGAAGUACGAGAUAACCGUGGUGGAGCAGGUGGCACAGCUGAAGAUAGCCAAGGUCACGCCCAGCGAUGUGGGCGUCUAUACGUGUGAGGCCAAGAACGAGGCCGGAGUGGCCACAAGUCGUACGAAUAUUAUUUUAGAAAAAGAACAAGGCGUUGCGCCACAGUUUACGCGACCCCUCAAGAUCGAAUUCACCGAAGAGAAAGAGCCCGAGAGGCUAAAGGUCACGGUGACAUGUCAGGUGGCCGGCAAGCCCCAUCCACAGGUCAAAUGGUAUCGCGGCAUCGAAGAGGUGCUGCCCAGCGAAACGGUGCAAAUGUUCUACGAUCAGCAGACGGGCGAAGUGGCACUGGAGGUGUUCAAUCCGCCGGCAAAUGAGGCCAUCACGUACUCGGUGCAGGCACAGAAUCAAUUUGGACGUGCCAUUGGCAAUGCCAACAUCAUGAGUCGCUUGGAUGAGGAGCAGGAGCAGCCCAAAGAAAUAUUGAAGCCCCCGACAGUCACUCCACUGAGUGCUGUGGUGGUGCCCACUGGGGGCACACUCCGCUUCGAGGUCCAAUACGAUGGUCUGCCCCGGCCGGAGAUCAAAUGGAUGCGCAAUGGCCGCGAGAUCGUGGAGAACGAGGAGGUCAUUGUGGAGACGACAGAGACGACAACCGUCAUUCGGGUCAUCAAUAUGACACGCAAGCGCACCGGCAAAUACGAGGUGUGGGCCAAGAACAAGGUGGGAGAGGCCAAAUCCUCGGGAUCGGUGGUUGUCUCCGACUCGAAACCCGAUCAGCGGAUCCAACCGCCACGCUUCGUGCAGCCGCUGGAGCCCAAGUUCUUUGGGGAGCAUGAGGUGGCCAUUCUGGAGGCUGUCGUCGAGUCCGAGCCCCUGUCCUCCUUCCAAUGGUUCGUUCACAACGAGCUCAUCAAGAGCUCCAACGAGUGUCGCAUUGUCAGCGAGGCCAACAAGUCCACGCUGCUGAUUGAGGACUUCCAGCGAAAGUUCAUUGGACCAUUUAUGUGUCGGGCGGAGAAUGUGGGCGGUUCGGUUACCUCCACAGCGACUGUUAAUCUUUUGGAGGCGCUGCCCCAGGAGGAGGCUGUGGAAUUUGAAUCGCCACGCUUCAUCGAGGAGCUGCUGCAACCCGUCGAGGUGAUGGAUGGCGAGGCGCUGCUGCUGCAGUGCCAGGUGCGUGGUAAGCCCACACCCAAGGUCGAAUGGUAUCACAAUGAGGAGAAGAUUGUCGAUACAAAGGAAACUACGAUAUCGCAGGACUUGCAAGGCAAUUGCCAGCUGCAGAUUACCGAAGUAUUCCCCGAGAAUGAGGGCCAAUACAAGGCCGUUGCCAGCAAUAAGAUUGGCAAGGCAGUGACCAAGACAAGCGUUCAAAUUCAAGCAUUUGAAUAUAUCCCCGAUUCUGAAAUCACUGGACUCACUGGAUCUGAGGAGGAUCUACUUGAUAGAACCCUCUCAAUCGACGAACAAGCACCGAAAAUCAUUAAGAAACUACCAGAGAAAAUCGAACCCAAAGAGGGUGAACAGCCCAAGCUGGAGGUCAAGGUCAUUGGCCGGCCCAAACCAAAGGUCAAAUGGCUGCGCGACGAUGAGCAAAUCUUUGCCUCCGAGGAAUAUCAAAUUGAGAAUUUCGACGAUGGCACCUCGGUGCUGGUGAUCAAUAAUGUGUAUCCCGAUGAUUGGGGCACCAUCAGUUUUGAGGCAUACAAUCCAUUGGGCGUGGCAGUGACAACGGCUGAAUUUUCUGUGGAAGGCAUUGUUGGAUCAAAGGAUUAUCGUAAACCAGAAUGGGUCACACAAAUGGAAGAAAUGCAGGUGGCACUCAAAGCUGCUAAAUGCUCGCCAUCGCUACUAAAUGAAAUGCGCGACAGCCGCUGUGCCCUGGGGGAAACGGCAAAGUUUUACAUACAAUUUGCAGGCAAUCCUGUGCCAGAUAUUCAAUGGUAUUUCAACAAUGUACAGCUUAGGGCAUCCGAAAAGUAUCGCAUGGUAGUCGAGGAGCACGAGGCCACAUUGGAGAUAUUGAAAAUCACACAAGACGACUGCGGCUACUACAAUUGCAAGCUAAUCAAUGAGAUUGGCAUGACAAUGUCGCGUGCCAAAUUCGAAAUAUCAUCAACAUCCAAUGUGGAGGAGAUUGUAGAGACCAAAAGGAUUAUCAAAAAGAAAGCUGGUGGAAGGAAGACCUCGUCAAUGGUCAAGCGAACGGGUGCAUCGGCGAUGCAAAAGACAGAGAUACGUAUAGUCCCUGCGGCCACAACGACAAUGAAUGUCUACAAAGUGAAACAACCUGUCUCUAUACUCGUAGAGAAGAGUGAGAUUUCCGAGGUGAUGCAGGUCAAGGAUCGCAAGAUUGCUGAUGCAGAGAUACGCAAGAGUCAAGUCAUAGAAGAAUACGAAUCAGAUGUUGAGGAAGAGAUCGAAGAAGUUGAAGAAAUCAGAGAAGAAAUUAAAGAAGAAAUCAAAGAAGAAAUUAAAGAAGAAAUUAAAGAAGAAAUUAAAGAAGAAAAGUCUGCCAAAGAGGACAUAAAAUACACAUCCAGCAAGACGAUUGAGCUGACAAAAACCGUCGAACUGAUACGCACCAAAAUUACGCAAAAGACCAUCACCAUUGAGGACAUACAUGUGAUAUCGCAGCACGAAGAGGUGCAGUGGCUGCUCGAAUCCAUUGAGGCUGUGUCCUUUGGUGCCUCGGGCGAGGCAGCGCUCAGAGACCUGGCCACCAUUGGCCUCCUCCUGCGCUAUGGCUGCACUCACUACGAGAUCACGUACAUGUACGAGCAGAAUAUAUUUAUAUCCCUGAAGAAGCCCGAAUCUCAGGCAGCUCUGGUGCAGCUGGUAGAGCGCGAGGGUCACGAGGAGUUGAUCACCCAAAUCCUGAGUGAAUCUUCCAACGAGGAUGAGACCAUUCUAGCUGCCACCGUCGGCUUCAAGGCCUUUAUACGGAUGAUACAGACAUACGAGAUCACGAUCGAGAUUGUCAUACGAAAGUUUGUUAGGGAGGAUUUCAUAUCGCAGGACUGGAAGAUAUGCGGAAAGGAGAGAAUAGUAGAGACAUCGCAAAUAAUUGAAAGUCACGAGGCUAUAACGCAUGUCAAAAUCGAGGAAACAUUUAUUGAGGAACGAACGAUAAUUGUUGAAGAAGAAACAGCAACCACAAAAGUGGAUACAAAAUUCAUACAGCAACAAGAAAAGAUACAACAAGAACAGAUACUCGUACAACAACAAGAACAACAAAUUGUGAAAAAGAAAACGCAGAAAAAGCAUAAGAAACAUACAGAACAAACACAGAUACAGGAAGAGGUACAGCAACAGAUAGAGAUACGGGAAGAGGUACAAAUACAGGAAGAAAUCACAGCCAUUGCAGCGGAUGAAACUGUCGAGCAAUUGAAGGAGCUUGUCCUGCCAUACGAAACACUAUCCAUGCAACAUGUAUCCAAAGACACGAUCGAAACCAUUGCCAGUGCAGAGACCACAGAGCUUUCAACACCGAAACCGCAACCAGCAAUAGUGCAGGACGAUAUACUGCCCCAAAAGAUAUUGGCCAUCAGUGAGGAGUGUCUGCCACUCGAUGUGGCACUCCCCCAGGACUCUGCAGGACCAAAAGAAACUCACUUGAGUGAACAAAUUGAAGUGCGGCAUCAACAUGCUGUUGAUGUCACCGAAACAGAGGCACGUGAGGCCUCGCCCAAAGAACUGAAACCCUCAAAGAUACCCAAGAGCGUCAAGGCCCAGCGGAGGGUCAAGGAAUCGCGUCCUUUGCUGGUGGAAGCCACAAGCAUCGAAGAGGUCAUUGAUGAUCUGCAGCCAGUGAAAGCUGUGGGACAGCAGGCGCAUGGUGACAUUCUGUUGUCCCAUGAGCUAACAGAGGAGCAGCCUCAGAUUUUAGAGGCAAUUGAGCAACUUAGGCAGGGCAAAUCCAUGAAGGAGGAGACUAUUGAAUCGCAUUUUCGGGAUCAGGAAAGUCUUUUGAUAACCGAAGAAACGAUUAGUGAAACUUUGGGCAAAGAUAUCGUUCAGAUAAAGCCAACAGCCGAGAAGAUUUAUCCAGAAUUAACAUCAAAUGUAAGCCUGGCCAUAAGCGAAUGCCAACCAGAGGAUUCUGUGGGGGAACUAAAGCCCUCAGUGGAGGUUCGCACGGAGACAUCAUCAAGGACAAUUCUAGAGCAUAAAUCGGUGAGCACCAGUGCCUCGGAGGUCCUUGAAAGUGUGGACACUAUAGUCCAGGAGACACAACCCACCAAAGGUAUGGCCGAUGUCACACUCAAGCCAGAAGAAGUUCCACUCGUCACUCAGGAAACAGAAACAUUUGAGUCUGUGGCAGAAAGCGAAACCAAGCCACGCGUGGCAGACACCAAAGCCUUGCAACAUUUGGUAUUAACCGAAGGAUUGCUUAACACCCAAGCAGAUGCUCAGAGUCCGUUGGAAGAGCAAAUGCCAGACUUCAAAACCGAUGAAAGGAAAGCCGUAAUGGAAAUGGAAACGCAGUUCCAUGUUGUAACCCAGGAAACCGUCUCGACUGAGGAGGCACCAACUGAUUUGGGUGUACAGGCGACACCAAAGAGCGUUGAGGGCACCCGCGGACAAUCGAGUGCCCUGACAAUUGGCGAAACUCUAGAGACAAAUCUCGUAGAAAUGGCCCAGGAUCUGAUCGAACCCCAUGUGGAGUCUACAAAGCCCGCAAAGGAAACGCUAACCAAGGCUUAUGGCACUGCUGAGAGCAAUCAGGAGGCGCUAUACGACACCUUGGGUGCUGUUCCAGUUGUGGAACAGCCCAAGGGACAGGGAAAGAUCAACAUCUCUGAGGGCGAACUCGUGGCAGAGGUGCAGGCAGCUCCCACUAUAAUUCACACGGAGGAGGAGCUCCUGUCUGUGGUGCCAGAGUUUGUGGACGCCACAAUCAAUAUCGUGGAGGAGACUGGCGCACUGGAGAUCAAGCAAGAUACGGUGGCCGAAAAGGAGCAAACAUUCCCCCAGGAUGUAUCGCAAACUGAGCAAUCAGCUACAGAAAAGAUAAUCCCAGUGGAUCUCAGAGUAACAACUGUCUUUGAGGUGCAUCCUGGACAAACGUCCGGGGAUAUUGCUCCGGCAGAUACACGUUCCGUGUCUGCGAUUCAGGUUCUGGAUACAAUGCCCAUUGGAGUGGCAUCAAAGCCCGAUCUAAUGGAAGGUACCAGCUAUCUGGAGGCGCUGCCACAGCCCGAACUCAAGAGCGGCACCGUCUUGAUGGAUGAAACCCAACAGCCGCUGGAAGUAACGAGUGUACAGAUCAGUGAAACGAGCACCGAACUGGCAGAUACACUGCCAAAACAACAGCAAACGAAGGCCCAUCCCGCCACAGAAGACUUCCGGCACGCCGAGGGAAUGGAGAUUAUUGCCAUGGAGUCCACGGGGCAACAGCCAGAGGAGGGCAAGCCCACGGCAGCCCGUGCUGAUGUCAGCAUGCCACAGCAAUAUGGCACCAAUGUCAUGGAACAGUCGCCUCUGGAGACCCUACAGCCACGUCCGCUGGAUGUCCAGCCCCAAGCACAGCAAACCGAAUCACAAUUUGAUUUGUUGCCACAAUUGGAGACCAGUUCGUGCGUUACCUUAGAGCAGGAAACGGAAAUCCCCUUAGCAGAACCACAGCCAUUCCAAUCGGCAGCCAUUGGAGCAGCCAGGGCCCUGCAGGUUGCAAGUACAGAGAGAUCUCAGCAUAUGGAAUCGUUGCAGGGCAUCGAUGAGCAGCAGAGAGUGCCACAACAGCAGGCACAUUUGAAUAUAGGAGAGAUCACAUUGCCAAAGGUCGAGGAAAUCACGCCACUCGAGGGUUUGCAGGAUUAUGCCUCACCGGACUAUCAGAAAUCAGCUGUCACGAAUAUAGAAAUCAUGGAAGAAACUUCAGCUUUAAGGACCAGCACAGCAAUUGUGAGCGAAAGGACAGAGGAAUUGAGGGACAAAGAUGCCCCACAGGAGGUUCAGAUUCGACCGAAACUCAAUGAAUUCUCACAGAAAACUCCACUCUCGGAGAGUGUCAAUAUUUUGGAUCAAGUUUCCGAGUUGAGUGGCCACCUGCCACAUGCGGCCACGGGACAAUCCAUUAUCGAUAGCUGCCACGAGGUAAAUGUGCGUGAAACAGAAGUCCUGGAGAAGGAGCAGCUGCUGGAAGGUGUGCCACAGCCAAGCGAACAGCUCGUGAAGAUUGCCUUGGACUCCACCACAGGAUUGGCCUUGGCUCGCCAGGAGGAUACCUUUGAGCAUGAGGAAGAGCUGCGAGUACUUGCCCCAGAGGCAGAGCAGGCCAGACCCGUGGCUGCAGAUCUGCUGAAGGCAGCCCUCACCGAGGGAGUUCUGGCAAACCAAAGCACUGGAAAGCUAGAGGACUUUAGUGUCUCCGAUAAAUAUGCCUCACCCAGAAUGGAUCUUUUAGAUGAAACAAAAUCCACAGAGACCACAGUAUAUGAUACUGUAUCCAAAUCUCUGGACGCCAUACAGCCGGAAAUCUUAAGUCCUCAACAGUCUAUGGUGCCACACGAGCAUACAACAGUCACCGAGUGCCUUGUCGUUGAUGGAACACAACCUUUCGAAGCAAAGCAAACAGAUCAGCGUACAGCCGUCAAAGUUCAAGAUAAUCUAAGCCACUCCAUUAUCCUUGAGGAUCAGAGGGUGCUGGAAUCGGAGAAGCUGCUGGGCGAGGAAAGUACACCACAGCAGAUGGCGAAACUAAUGGAAGAUGCCACCAAUCUGCAUGCAAAAAUGGUAGAUACCACAGCCGUCUAUGAGUCCAUGGGCGAGGAUCGUCCAACAGAUAAAUGUAGCGUGCAACAGGCACAAGUCACCCACGAAUUGGCACACACACAUGCCACCGAACUGCAGCAGACUGUGGAGGCAGCGAAGAUGCUUGCAGCGCCAGAACAAACCUAUGCAGUGGCCACAGCAGAUGAGAUACCCUCACAGCUUGGAUUACCGAUUACCACGAGGACACAGACUGUAGAGGAUGUCGAUGAUUUGGUCACUCUGCCAACAGACGAGCGAGUGGCCCAGUCCACGUAUGAAGGCAGGCAGCACGAGGUAACAGUCAGCGAGGUCCAGGGUAUCGAGGAGUCCGAGAAUCUACAGAAAACUACAGAUAUAGCAGCCGUUAGCGCUGCCGAGUCGAUGGAUGUCAUGUUCAAGGCUACAUCGGUGGACACCCAACCGGGCGUCUUCCAAAAGGAGUCCCCAAUCGAAGCUCUCAAGCACCAGGAGGCCACAGCAAAGUCUGUGGUAGAUCUCCUCCAAGGCACCACAACAUCCGAUGUGUUGGCGCUGGAAUCCUCCGAACGCAUCCCAGAUACACAGACAACAGUGCCACAAGAGGCACAGAGACAUCUAGUCACUGGCGUGGAGUCCAGGAAGGUGCAGGUUCAAUUCGAUGACUUAAUUAUGGAUAAGGAAGAGACCCUGCCGGAGAUCCUUCAAGAAUUGUAUGGCAAACCCUUCAUUGAGGGCACACAGAGGGAGACACUCAUCACUCAAGUGAUUCCCAUGGAAAAUGUAAAUCAAAUAGAGACGCCACAAGGUCCUGCCACAUUCCAAGUGAGUCCUACGUCCAGCGAGAUAAUCACUCAAUCGCACAUGGUGGAAACCCAACUAACACUCGAGCUGGAGGGUGAAGCCAAUAUUGAAUAUGAAAAUCUGGCCCAAGCAAAGGUAAAAUCGGAUGAAACGAAUGUCCAUAGCACGAUAUCAGAGGUCAAUACAUAUGAGAUCACAAAAGAUAUUAAGGGGAUGCUGGAACAAGAAGGUCAGUUCAUAAAGAUCGUUGAGGAUUCCGACAUCAAUCGUGCCCAUGUGACAACCAUACAAUCAACGCUUCUCAAAGAAGAAAAUCUACCGCUGGAGCACAUUCGCGAUGGGGACACCGCCCGUGUGUCCAAGGUGGAACUGAAGAAAAAAUCUCUGGUAACCGAAGAGGUUCUGGGCAUCAGUUCGAUUCAGGAAUCGUAUGAACUGCAAAAGCCAGACGAGGGCAAGGCCCAAGUCACGCGCCAGGCGCCACAUGAGACUGCAAGUGUGGCCGAACAACAGACCUGUGAACAGUCACCGGAGUUGGCCCUAGAGCAGGACGAUCGUCGUAUCCGCACAAAGCCAAGUUCUGUAGAACAGCUCCUGAAACCUAUCGAAAGCUCUACCGUUAAUGUCUAUGAGAAUUUCGAGGGACAUGGGGAUUUUAAGCCAAUUAGUGUGUUGCCAUCAACGGAUACCACUGUGAUUUCUGAGUUAAAGGUUUCGGUGGUGGAAGAGGUGUCUGUGAUGCCAUUCUUGGGUCGUGUUCCGACCGAGAAACCCCUGGAGGGAAAAGCAACACCUGAAACUGUGCCUCACAAAAAUGUACUGCAAAGCGAGCAGCUUCCCUGUGAGGUUGUGAGCACUUUGCUGGAAGAAGGACUCCCAUCCAGGGAGCAGGCAAAGCUUGCACCAGCUGAUACACGAGUUGCAGCCGUGACCAGUGUGCUGCAUGAGAAGGGAACCAUUCGGGAGACGAUCACAAGCUCUCAAGUAGAUGAGAAACAAGCGCUUCCUACGAUUACCACACAGAGUACGUAUCUGAAUGAGCAAACAAUCGCACAGGAGAAUGUCAAUCUGUUAGAUAGUGAGGAACAAGAACACAUACAGCCACAGAACGCAAGUAUACGUAUCAAAGAAAACACAACAUCCAUAGCCACAACAGAACAACCAGACAUAUUCCACACAACCACAACAACGAGUCCGAGUGUCACACGCACUGGGGAGAAGAUACACCCAACACUGGUUGAGGAAAACCUGAAGAAUGCUUUACAGACAACACAAUUUGUGUCGGAGGAUACCUCUGACCUCCUCCUCCCAAAAUCAAUGCCUGAAACUGCACUACCCGAAAGGGUAACACAUGCUGUAGCACUUUCCACCACAAACGAGUCACAAGCCACAAUUUACACAUCGAAAGAUGAAGACCACACAAAGAAACUGUUAGAGGAGAGUCUUACACAAGAGAUUUUUAAUGUUAAAACGGUAACACGACCUGUGGGUAAGUAUCCAACUAAGUUUAGUCUAAGAAGUUCAGCAAAAAAAGGCGUAUUACUUCCAUUACCACCACCCUUCGACCCUCCAGAACCAAAGCACAAGCACAUAUUACACAGAACAAAGCAAACCCACAUUCCUCAAACAGAACUUUAUAUUAAACGCACACUUUUUUACACAGAUACAAAAAAAACUACAGACACACCACACACCACACCACAAAAGACACCCAAACACAAACAAGAAACUAAUGAAACAACAAUCACGGAAACCCCCGAAACUCUGCAAAUUAUCGAGGAAAUAUCGGAAGACGGCAAACCCAAGAAAAAGAAGAUCCGCACUCGUGUAAUCAAGAAGGUCAAGGGCGACAAACAAGAAGUCACCAAGAUCGAAACCGUCGAAGAAGAUGACAAGCCUGCGGAGACUACAGUCACAGUUGAAGAGGUUCCUUACGAAGAAGAGAAACCAGAGGAGAUCCAGGAACUCCCAGAAGAGGUUCGCGUUGUUGAAACCAUCUCUGAAGACGGCAAGCCCAAGAAGAAGAAGAUCCGCACUCGCGUAAUCAAGAAGGUCAAGGGCGACAAACAAGAAGUCACCAAGAUCGAAACCGUCGAAGAAGAUGACAAGGUACCAGAGACAACUGUCACCGUUGAAGAGGUUCCUUACGAAGAAGUGAAACCAGAAGAGAUUCAGGAACUCCCAGAAGAGGUUCGCGUUGUUGAAACCAUCUCUGAAGACGGAAAGCCCAAGAAGAAGAAGAUCCGCACUCGCGUAAUCAAGAAGGUCAAGGGCGACAAACAAGAAGUCACCAAGAUCGAAACCGUCGAAGAAGAUGACAAGGUACCAGAGACAACUGUCACCGUUGAAGAGGUUCCUUACGAGGAAGAGAAACCAGAGGAGAUGCAGGAACUCCCUGAAGAGGUUCGCGUUGUUGAAACCAUCUCUGAAGACGGAAAGCCCAAGAAGAAGAAGAUCCGCACUCGCGUAAUCAAGAAGGUCAAGGGCGACAAACAAGAAGUCACCAAGAUCGAAACCGUCGAAGAAGAUGACAAGGUACCAGAGACAACUGUCACCGUUGAAGAGGUUCCUUACGAGGAAGAGAAACCAGAGGAGAUCCAGGAACUCCCUGAAGAGGUUCGCGUUGUUGAAACCAUCUCUGAAGACGGCAAGCCCAAGAAGAAGAAGAUCCGCACUCGCGUAAUCAAGAAGGUCAAGGGCGACAAACAAGAAGUCACCAAGAUCGAAACCGUCGAAGAAGAUGACAAGGUACCAGAGACAACUGUCACCGUUGAAGAGGUUCCUUACGAAGAAGAGAAACCAGAAGAGAUCCAGGAACUCCCAGAAGAGGUUCGCGUUGUUGAAACCAUCUCUGAAGACGGCAAGCCCAAGAAGAAGAAGAUCCGCACUCGCGUAAUCAAGAAGGUCAAGGGCGACAAACAAGAAGUCACCAAGAUCGAAACCGUCGAAGAAGAUGACAAGGUACCAGAGACAACUGUCACCGUUGAAGAGGUUCCUUACGAGGAAGAGAAACCAGAGGAGAUCCAGGAACUCCCUGAAGAGGUUCGCGUUGUUGAAACCAUCUCUGAAGACGGCAAGCCCAAGAAGAAGAAGAUCCGCACUCGCGUAAUCAAGAAGGUCAAGGGCGACAAACAAGAAGUCACCAAGAUCGAAACCGUCGAAGAAGAUGACAAGGUUCCAGAGACAACUGUCACCGUUGAAGAGGUUCCUUACGAGGAAGAGAAACCAGAGGAGAUCCAGGAACUCCCUGAAGAGGUUCGCGUUGUUGAAACCAUCUCUGAAGACGGCAAGCCCAAGAAGAAGAAGAUCCGCACUCGCGUAAUCAAGAAGGUCAAGGGCGACAAACAAGAAGUUACCAAGAUCGAAACCGUCGAAGAAGAUGACAAGGUACCAGAGACAACUGUCACCGUUGAAGAGGUUCCUUACGAAGAAGAGAAACCAGAAGAGAUCCAGGAACUCCCGGAAGAAGUUCGCGUUGUUGAAACCAUCUCUGAAGACGGAAAGCCCAAGAAGAAGAAGAUCCGCACUCGCGUAAUCAAGAAGGUCAAGGGCGACAAACAAGAAGUCACCAAGAUCGAAACCGUCGAAGAAGAUGACAAGGUACCAGAGACAACUGUCACCGUUGAAGAGGUUCCUUACGAAGAGGAGAAACCAGAAGAGAUCCAGGAACUCCCAGAAGAGGUUCGCGUUGUUGAAACCAUCUCUGAAGACGGCAAGCCCAAAAAGAAGAAGAUCCGCACUCGUGUAAUCAAGAAGGUCAAGGGAGACAAACAAGAAGUCACCAAGAUCGAAACCGUCGAAGAAGAUGACAAGGUACCAGAGACAACUGUCACCGUUGAAGAGGUUCCUUACGAAGAAGAGAAACCAGAAGAGAUCCAGGAACUCCCGGAAGAGGUUCGCGUUGUUGAAACCAUCUCUGAAGACGGCAAGCCCAAGAAGAAGAAGAUCCGCACUCGCGUAAUCAAGAAGGUCAAGGGCGACAAACAAGAAGUCACCAAGAUCGAAACCGUCGAAGAAGAUGACAAGCCUGCGGAGACAACUGUCACCGUUGAAGAGGUUCCUUACGAAGAAGAGAAACCAGAGGAGAUCCAGGAACUCAAAGAAGAGGUUCGCGUUGUUGAAACCAUCUCUGAAGACGGCAAGCCCAAGAAGAAGAAGAUCCGCACUCGCGUAAUCAAGAAGGUCAAGGGAGACAAACAAGAAGUUACCAAGAUCGAAACCGUCGAAGAAGAUGACAAGGUACCAGAGACAACUGUCACCGUUGAAGAUGUUCCUUACGAGGAAGAGAAACCAGAGGAAAUCCAGGAACUCCCUGAAGAGGUUCGCGUUGUUGAAACCAUCUCCGAAGACGGCAAACCCAAGAAGAAGAAGAUCCGCACUCGCGUAAUCAAGAAGGUCAAGGGCGACAAACAAGAAGUCACCAAGAUCGAAACCGUUGAAGAAGAUGACAAGGUACCAGAGACAACUGUCACCGUUGAAGAGGUUCCUUACGAGGAAGAGAAACCAGAGGAGAUCCAGGAACUCCCAGAAGAGGUUCGCGUUGUUGAAACCAUCUCCGAAGACGGCAAGCCCAAGAAGAAGAAGAUCCGCACUCGCGUAAUCAAGAAGGUCAAGGGAGACAAACAAGAAGUUACCAAGAUCGAAACCGUCGAAGAAGAUGACAAGGUACCAGAGACAACUGUCACCGUUGAAGAGGUUCCUUACGAGGAAGAGAAACCAGAGGAAAUCCAGGAACUCCCUGAAGAGGUUCGCGUUGUUGAAACCAUCUCUGAAGACGGCAAGCCCAAGAAGAAGAAGAUCCGCACUCGCGUAAUCAAGAAGGUCAAGGGAGACAAACAAGAAGUUACCAAGAUCGAAACCGUCGAAGAAGAUGACAAGGUACCAGAGACAACUGUCACCGUUGAAGAGGUUCCUUACGAGGAAGAGAAACCAGAGGAGAUCCAGGAACUCCCAGAAGAGGUUCGCGUUGUUGAAACCAUCUCCGAAGACGGCAAACCCAAGAAGAAGAAGAUCCGCACUCGCGUAAUCAAGAAGGUCAAGGGCGACAAACAAGAAGUCACCAAGAUCGAAACCGUUGAAGAAGAUGACAAGGUACCAGAGACAACUGUCACCGUUGAAGAGGUUCCUUACGAGGAAGAGAAACCAGAGGAAAUCCAGGAACUCCCUGAAGAGGUUCGCGUUGUUGAAACCAUCUCUGAAGACGGCAAGCCCAAAAAGAAGAAGAUCCGCACUCGUGUAAUCAAGAAGGUCAAGGGAGACAAACAAGAAGUCACCCAGAUCGAAACCGUCGAAGAAGAUGACAAGGUACCAGAGACAACUGUCACCGUUGAAGAGGUUCCUUACGAAGAAGAGAAACCAGAGGAGAUCCAGGAACUCCCAGAAGAGGUUCGCGUUGUUGAAACCAUCUCUGAAGACGGCAAGCCCAAGAAGAAGAAGAUCCGCACUCGCGUAAUCAAGAAGGUCAAGGGCGACAAACAAGAAGUCACCAAGAUCGAAACCGUCGAAGAAGAUGACAAGCCUGCGGAGACUACAGUCACAGUUGAAGAGGUUCCUUACGAAGAAGAGAAACCAGAGGAGAUCCAGGAACUCCCAGAAGAGGUUCGCGUUGUUGAAACCAUCUCCGAAGACGGCAAACCCAAGAAGAAGAAGAUCCGCACUCGUGUAAUCAAGAAGGUCAAGGGCGACAAACAAGAAGUCACCAAGAUCGAAACCGUUGAAGAAGAUGACAAGGUACCAGAGACAACUGUCACCGUUGAAGAGGUUCCUUACGAAGAAGAGAAACCAGAGGAGAUCCAGGAACUCCCAGAAGAGGUUCGCGUUGUUGAAACCAUCUCUGAAGACGGCAAACCCAAGAAGAAGAAGAUCCGCACUCGCGUAAUCAAGAAGGUCAAGGGAGACAAACAAGAAGUCACCAAGAUCGAAACCGUCGAAGAAGAUGACAAGGUACCAGAGACAACUGUCACCGUUGAAGAGGUUCCUUACGAAGAAGAGAAACCAGAGGAGAUCCAGGAACUCCCAGAAGAGGUUCGCGUUGUUGAAACCAUCUCUGAAGACGGCAAACCCAAGAAGAAGAAGAUCCGCACUCGUGUAAUCAAGAAGGUCAAGGGAGACAAACAAGAAGUCACCAAGAUCGAAACCGUCGAAGAAGAUGACAAGGUACCAGAAACAACUGUCACCGUUGAAGAGGUUCCUUACGAAGAAGAGAAACCAGAGGAGAUCCAGGAACUCCCUGAAGAGGUUCGCGUUGUUGAAACCAUCUCUGAAGACGGCAAGCCCAAGAAGAAGAAGAUCCGCACUCGCGUAAUCAAGAAGGUCAAGGGCGACAAACAAGAAGUCACCAAGAUCGAAACCGUCGAAGAAGAUGACAAGGUACCAGAGACAACUGUCACCGUUGAAGAGGUUCCUUACGAAGAAGAGAAACCAGAGGAGAUCCAGGAACUCCCAGAAGAGGUUCGCGUUGUUGAAACCAUCUCUGAAGACGGCAAGCCCAAGAAGAAGAAGAUCCGCACUCGCGUAAUCAAGAAGGUCAAGGGCGACAAACAAGAAGUCACCAAGAUCGAAACCGUCGAAGAAGAUGACAAGGUACCAGAGACAACUGUCACCGUUGAAGAGGUUCCUUACGAAGAAGAGAAACCAGAGGAGAUCCAGGAACUCCCUGAAGAGGUUCGCGUUGUUGAAACCAUCUCUGAAGACGGCAAGCCCAAGAAGAAGAAGAUCCGCACUCGCGUAAUCAAGAAGGUCAAGGGCGACAAACAGGAAGUCACCAAGAUCGAAACCGUCGAAGAAGAUGACAAGCCUGCGGAGACUACAGUCACAGUUGAAGAGGUUCCUUACGAAGAAGAGAAACCAGAGGAGAUCCAGGAACUCCCAGAAGAGGUUCGCGUUGUUGAAACCAUCUCUGAAGACGGCAAGCCCAAGAAGAAGAAGAUCCGCACUCGCGUAAUCAAGAAGGUCAAGGGCGACAAACAAGAAGUCACCAAGAUCGAAACCGUCGAAGAAGAUGACAAGCCUGCGGAGACUACAGUCACAGUUGAAGAGGUUCCUUACGAAGAAGAGAAACCAGAGGAGAUCCAGGAACUCCCAGAAGAGGUUCGCGUUGUUGAAACCAUCUCUGAAGACGGCAAGCCCAAGAAGAAGAAGAUCCGCACUCGCGUAAUCAAGAAGGUCAAGGGCGACAAACAAGAAGUCACCAAGAUCGAAACCGUCGAAGAAGAUGACAAGGUACCAGAGACAACUGUCACCGUUGAAGAGGUUCCUUACGAAGAAGAGAAACCAGAGGAGAUCCAGGAACUCCCUGAAGAGGUUCGCGUUGUUGAAUCCAUCUCUGAAGACGGCAAGCCCAAGAAGAAGAAGAUCCGCACUCGCGUAAUCAAGAAGGUCAAGGGCGACAAACAAGAAGUUACCAAGAUCGAAACCGUCGAAGAAGAUGACAAGGUACCAGAGACAACUGUCACCGUUGAAGAGGUUCCUUACGAAGAAGAGAAACCAGAGGAGAUCCAGGAACUCCCUGAAGAGGUUCGCGUUGUUGAAACCAUCUCUGAAGACGGCAAGCCCAAGAAGAAGAAGAUCCGCACUCGCGUAAUCAAGAAGGUCAAGGGCGACAAACAGGAAGUCACCAAGAUCGAAACCGUCGAAGAAGAUGACAAGCCUGCGGAGACUACAGUCACAGUUGAAGAGGUUCCUUACGAAGAAGAGAAACCAGAGGAGAUCCAGGAACUCCCAGAAGAGGUUCGCGUUGUUGAAACCAUCUCUGAAGACGGCAAACCCAAGAAGAAGAAGAUCCGCACUCGCGUAAUCAAGAAGGUCAAGGGCGACAAACAAGAAGUCACCAAGAUCGAAACCGUCGAAGAAGAUGACAAGGUACCAGAGACAACUGUCACCGUUGAAGAGGUUCCUUACGAAGAAGAGAAACCAGAGGAGAUCCAGGAACUCCCAGAAGAGGUUCGCGUUGUUGAAACCAUCUCUGAAGACGGCAAACCCAAGAAGAAGAAGAUCCGCACUCGUGUAAUCAAGAAGGUGAAGGGCGACAAACAAGAAGUCACCAAGAUCGAAACCGUCGAGGAGGAUGACAAACUACCAGAGACAACAGUGACGGUGGAAGAAACAGAACUGAAGACUCCAUUUGGUGGCAAAGUGAAGCUUAAGAAAAGAGUCAUUGUGCAAAAACCUGAAGAUGAGGAAACAGUGGUCGAGUUGCCUGAAAGAAAGUCUGUUAUUCUCUCAGAGAAGGAAGAUGGUACUCCCACAAAGACAGUUGUGAAGACACGAAUCAUCAAAAAGAUCAAGGGCUCCAACAUGGAGGUAACUAAGAUUCAAACUGUCGAAGAAUACGAAAAGGAGCCAAAGACAAAGGUAACAGUGGAAAACUUUGAGUUGCCCUUCCCUGAACUUCCAGAGGAAAAGAUCUCCGAAGUAGUGGUUCUGCCCGAUGAGGUGCACGAGUCGAAAACUGUAGAUGAAGAAGGUACGCCGAAGAUUGUGAAAACAAAGAAACGUGUGAUCAAAAAGCCGACAAGUGACAAGACGGAAGAGAUAACUCAGAUUGAUAUCAUUGAACAAGAUGAUGCAGAGCCCAUAUACUCGAUAUCAGUGACGGAACAGCCUCUAACCGAAUCGAAACCAGAGGAUAAUAAGUCCUUGGAGCUGCCAGAACAAGUGGCGGAACUGGAAUAUACUUCGCCAGAUGGAACCAAAAAGAAGAAGACCAUCAAGUCCAGGGCGUUUAAAAAGAACCUCGACGAUAAACUUGAUGAGGUGACAACGGUUCAGACAGUCGUCGAAGACGACAAGGAACCCCUGACGACAGUGCAAGUGGAGGUUGUGCCAGCGGAUGAUUUUGCCCCCAUACCGAUUGAGGAAUUGCCGGAGGAGACCACAUUUACCGAAGAGCUGGACAGCAAUAAGAAGCCAAAGAAGAAGACGACGAAAACGCGUACGUUCAAGAAACAGGGUCCAGAGGAAGAAGAUCUGGAAUAUUUCCAGAUACAAACCAUCGAGGAAGAGGGCAAAGAGCCCUAUUCUUUGAUACGGGUUGUAAGCGAUGAAAAUCUAUCUGAUAUCGCUGAUAUAAUCGAUAUUAGUAAAUGCGACGAUGAAAAGGUUUCACCCACCAACAAACACAAACAAAAGCCACACAAAAAACCCAAGGUGGAGAAACAACCAAAGCCCGAAAACACAACAACCGAAUACAUAACGACAUUCAAAUCGGUACAAAACGAAGAUGGAGAGACCACAAUAGAAACCGAACAGAAACGAAUCUCACAGGAGGAACAAGGCAUCGUUGUUGAGGAGGUACUCAGUGAUACCGAACCCAUUCCAGAAGACACUACAACACCACAAUCAACACCACACCUAGAAAUUGUUGAAGUCGGCGAGACAACAGACCAACUGAACAACAAAGAGUACACUAUCACAGAACCCGAAGAUGUUGUAAGUGCAGGAGACUCAGGAGACGAUAAGAAGAAACCCAAACAGAAAAAGAAACCCGCUACCAAGGCGGAAGAGAUAAUUGUAGAGGAGGAACAGGAGGAGUCUCCUACUGGGGAGACACUGACAGAGGAGGGUCCUACAGGGGAGACGACACUGACAGAGGAGGGUCCUGGGGAAAAGACUGGGGUUAAGAAACGCAAACCAAAGAAAUUAGUAGUCAUAGAGGAGGGUAAGGUUGAGGAGGGUCCCACUACUGCUGCUACAGAGAAAAAGGACAAACCCAAGAAAAAGAAGGUCCUUAAGUCAAAACGCGAUGAAAUGGAUGAAUACAUACAAUUCCUCAUUCAUCAGGAUAUACCCAAGACAGUCAUUCAGGGAUAUCAGCGCACCGAAAUGGAACUUCCGCAACGGGCUCGUCGUGAUUCGUCCUUCAAGCAACCGCAACCCAUGAAGCUGACACCCAUGAAAAUCGAGAAAAUCGAAUUUAAACGACCGAAAAUGGUGGAAAUUACUUCCGUGGCAGAAUUCCCGCAAAUGCUGAAACUUAAAACGCCCAAGCAACGCCCGGGGGUGGAGAAAAAGAAGAAAGAAGAAGCUUCGUUCAAGAACAAGAAACUCAAGAGUUGGAUACGAUUCAUACCGUUCUCACCGUACUGCUUCCCGUAUGUCCUGACCGAGCUGGAGACCCAUCGGGAGAGUGGCGAACUCUCACGUAAUAUCGAAGAGGCCGAAGGGGUUCUACGGCUACGUCCCAAGAAGUUCAAACAUCGGAAACCCUCAAAGGUAGAGCUGGAGCAGCCCGAUCUCGAGACCUUUGACUCUGAGGGGAGCCAGCCCUCGGACGAGGAGAAACCCAAGCCCAAGUACAAGCGUGGCAAGAAAAUCAAGGAGGAAACUCCUGAGGAAAUUCGUAAGCUUAAACUUGGCAAAGGAAAGAUACCACAGAAUGUCGAAACCAUCGAAGAGGUUCACUUGAAACCCGUGAAAAUCGAAGGCCAAGAGGAGCAAAUCGAAGAGAAACCCCAAAAGGUAGUAGAAGAGGAGGUGCCCAAGAAAAAGAAGUCCAAAAAAUCAGAGAAACCGCAGGACACACUCCACUUUGAACCCACAGAACUCACAGAUUUCGAAAGAAUUUUGGAACAACCAGAAGAAUCGGAUACAUCUAUCAUUGAAGAAACCGAAACACUGGAUAAGCCCAAACACAAGCGAAAGAAGAAGGUUACACCUUCACCCGAUACAAAUCUACACAAAAUCACUCCUGGAAAGCCAAAGGAUGUGGAAGAAACUCCCGAGGAUGAUCUUAAGCUGCGCUAUCGUCAAGGCGAAAGACCAGAGGAUGUCCAGGAAGAGGUAAAACUGAAACCCUUUUUCAAAUAUGAAGUUGUGGAACUAGAACCAGAAGUCAUACCCGAGGAAAAAUUGGAAGCGCCGAGAAAGCCCAUCAAAGAACCAAAGAAAAAGCGCAAGAUUAAGGUGAAAACUGAUCUAGAAGAAAACAUCAUUGAAAUAGUAGAACUUUCACCGAAAGAUAGCGAUGAAAAGAUCUACGAAAUUACCAUCACAAGUUCUGAAACUACUGAAGAGGAGAAAAAACCCAAGAAAACACUCAAAAAGAAGGUCAAACGCAUGAACAAAGAAGAACUUGAGGAAUUUGUGGCCGAAAUCAAGGAAGAACCCGAACAAAAGUUCUAUGAAACCCGCACAGAAGACUUCUUUGAGGUUAAACUCACAGAACUACAGCCAGAGGUUACAACCGAAGAGAAGCCCAAAAAGCGUAGGAUCCUCCAUGAAAAGGGUAAUGAAACGGAGAUCCUAGAGAUUGUGGAAACAUUGCCUUCUGAAGGCGACGAACCCCUCUAUGAAAUAACCAUUACCUCUAGCGAAACAAAGGAAGAGGAAUUGGUUGCUCCUUCCGCAGAAAAGCCCAAGAGGAAAACUAAGAAAAUGAAAAAGGAUGAACUCGAUGCGUACAUUCAGCAACUGAUCAACGCAGAGAUUCCCCUUACAGAGUUGGAGAAGUACGAGAAAAUCGAUGUGGAUGGCAAGCCAAAGAAGGCCAAGAAACAAAAGCCAAAGCCUAAGGAAGAAGUCUUCCCAGAGGGCGAAACCCUUCAAAUCGGAGUCACGGAACACGAGCCUAAGGAAAAGCCAAAGGCCAAGAAACCCAAGGCUAAGAAAAUCACCAAAGAAGAGGAAACUCUUGAAACGGAGGUAAUUCCGGUCUACGAUGAGUUCCUGAUCAAGAAGAUCGAUUCGGAGCGGGCUCCCCAGGAAGAGAUUGAAGAAUCAGAGGAGGAAAUCGUCCCCGAACUGGAUGAUAUCAUUGCUGAUCUACAGGAAACGCUUCCCAUAGUUGUCCUCGAGGAGAAGGUCGAAACUGUGCCACUGGUCGUGGAAGAACUUGACCUUAAGGAGGAGAAAAUCACCAAAAAGCGAAAGGUCAAGACCCGCAAGGGUUCCAAACAGUAUGAGAUUGAAAUCUUUGAAACCGAGGCACUCGAGGAUAUUCCCCAAGAGGCAAAGGUCAUCGUCAUAACCACAGAAACAACAGAAGAUACGACGGAUGCUCCAGCGGAAGAUAAACCCGAGGCACCCAAGAAAACAGUGAAAAAGGUGAAGAAGGAGAAACUCAAGGAGUACAUCGUCAAGGUUGUGGAAGAGGCUCCUCUCGAAUUGAUUGCCGAAAUAUCUGAAGAUUAUACACCAGUUGCAGAGAGAGAACAAUCACCAGUGGAAGAUAUUACCUCCUUUACCACGACCGUUAUUGAAGAGGAGACUCUGCAAGAGGUUCGACCGGAAGAGGAGAAACCCGAAGAUGUUCAACGCCUUCCCAAGGAUAAGAAAAAGAAAUCGGAGAAGCAGAAAAAGGUGAAAAUAACUGAAACGGAACCAGAAGCAACUCCAGAGGCAUCAACCAUCACAGAAGAAAUUGUAUCUGUAACUGAAACAGAUGAAACCCCGAAAGCCGAGGCAUAUACUGUUGAAGUUAAGGACUCUGCACCCAAGAAAAUCAAGAAACCCGCCAAGAAACCAAAGGAGGUAGUCCCUGCAGAACCCAUAAGUGAAUAUACAAUUCGCGUGGAAGAAUUAGCACCCGAAACAAUCAUCGAAGAAACAAUCAAUGAAGAGGGAAAGACAGUGGAACGUGUCAUCACCAAACGAAAGCUCAAAAAGAAGGCUGGACCCAAGGAAUAUCUCAUCGAAGUGGUUGAAACCUACGAAGAGAAUAAACCCGAAGCAGAAGUCGUUGUACAGACCACAGAAAUCACACCAGUCACGGAGGAACAACCCCAAGAGGAGCACAAGAUAAAAAUUGUCAAGAAAAAGAAGCCAAAGACCGAAAGUUUGGAUAACUUUAUCCAAGAACUGAUCGAAGAGGAUAUUCCAAAGCCAGAACUAGAAGAAUUCGAGGUGACCGUUGAGGAAUCCACACCAUCGGAGGUAAAGAAACCCAAGAAAAUCAAGAAACAACACAAGAAAACCACUCAGGUGGUGGAUGGUGUGCCCACAACAGUUUACGAGGUUAUUAUCCAAGAGUUUGAAAUAGAUCAGGAGGAUCUUAAACCUUAUGAUGUGGUAGAGGAAAGUGAUCAUGAAGAUAUCGAGGAAACCCCCAAGGAUCAGCAAAUAAAGAUCGUUGAAGAGAAACCCAAGUCCAAGCCCAAGAAAUCAGCGAAAAUCAAGGUUCUGGAAGAGGAAAAGGUAGAACCCAUCAUUCAAGAAAUCUCUGAAGCGGUGGAAGUGCGAGUCACCGAAGAGGAUGGUGUCCCACAGAAGGUUGAGGUCCGAAAGAAGAAGGUCUCAAGGAAACAGGGACCCAAAGAGCAGAUCUUUGAGAUUACAGAGACCAGAACGAAUGAUGAACCUUUGGCGGAAGUUUCCAUAGUAGAAAUUACAGAGGAAGAACCCAAGGAGGAUGUUCCGGAGCUCAAGGAGAAGAAACCAAUCAAGAAACCCAAGAAACUGAAGCCCGAAGAAGUGAAGGAUUAUGUGAUCAAUGUCCUUGAAGAAUUUGUGGAACCCUACAAGUUCGAGGAACCCGUCAUUGAAGAUAUUUCGGAAACUGUGGAGAUUACCAAAGUCACCGAAGAUGAUGGUACUGAGAAGAAGGUUGAGGUCAAAAAGAAGAAGGUUUCCCGCAAGCAGGGACCCAAGGAACAGAUCUUUGAGAUCACAGAGACCAAAACAAAUGAUGAACCUCUGGCGGAGGUAACCAUUAUCGAAAUUACUGAAGAAGAAAAACCAAAGGAAGUUGUUCCUGAAAUCAAAGAAACGAAGCCCAUCAAGAAACCCAAGAAACUCAAGCCAGAAGAUGUGAAAAAUUAUAUCAUUAAUGUUCUGGAAGAGUACGUCGAGCCCUAUAAGUUUGAAGAACUGCCAGAGGACGUGCAAAAGGUACAACCAAUCAUUGAAGACAUCUCCGAAUCUGUGGAAAUCGUCAAGGUAACCGAAGAAGACGGCACACAAAAGAAGGUUGAGGUCAAAAAGAAGAAGGUUUCCCGCAAGCAGGGCCCCAAAGAACAAAUCUUUGAGAUCACAGAGACCAUUACGAAUGAUGAACCUCUGGCGGAAGUGUCCAUUGUAGAAAUUACAGAGGAACAACCCAAGGAGGAUAUCCCAGAGAUCAAGGAGAAGAAACCAAUCAAGAAACCCAAGAAACUGAAGCCCGAAGAAGUGAAGGACUAUGUGAUUAAUGUUCUCGAUGAAUUCGUGGAACCCUACAAGUUCGAGGAGCCCAUCAUUGAAGAUCUUUCGGAAUCUGUGGAGAUUACUAAAGUCACCGAAGAGGAUGGCACCGAAAAGAAGGUGGAAGUGAAGAAAAAGAAGGUCUCGAGGAAACAGGGACCCAAGGAACAAGUUUUCGAGAUCACAGAAACCAUAACAAAUGAUGAGCCUCUGGCCGAAGUUUCCAUUGUAGAGAUAACGGAGGAAGAAAAGCCUGAGGAAAAGGUGCCAGAGAUUAAAGAAAAGAAGCCCCUCAAGAAGCCAAAGAAACUGAAGCCCGAAGAUGUUCAAAACUACAUCAUCAACGUCCUGGAAGAAUUUGUGGAGCCACAGAAGUUUGAGGAGGAGGAAUCUGAUGUUCCAGAGGAAAUUUCUGAAGUAAAACCAAAAACUCCAAAGGCAAAGAAAUCCUCGAAGAAACCCGUUGAGCAGCAAACAAUCCGCAUUGAGGAGCUGGCCCCUGAAACCGUCAUCGAGGAUAUCAUCAACGAAAAGGGCGAAGAGGUCAAGCAGGUCAAGACCACCAAGAAACUCAAGAAGAAGGAUGGCCCCAAGGAGUACAUCAUUGAGAUCACAGAAACGUAUCAGGAGAACAAUCCCGAGGCCAUCAUUGAAUUUACAACGACUGAAGUGCCCUCUGAGGAGGCGGCACCAGCGGAGCAACCCCUGAAGAUUGUUCAAAAGAUCAAGAAGAAGAAGCCAGUCAAGGACGAUCUGGACAAGUACAUCCAAGAGCUGAUCGAACAGGAGAUUACCAAAACGGAGCUGGAACAGUACGAGCCCACAGAGAUGGAUGACAAGCCCAAGAAGCCCAAGAAGAAGGUCAAGACACAUCACAAGAAAACUGUGGAUGUGGUGGAUGGUUUCCCGGUGACGAUCCAUGAAUUUAAUGUCGAGGAAAUCGAACCAGAAGUCGAGGAACCUGAAGAAAUAGAACCACUUCCAGAGGAUGUGCAGGAGCUGCCACAAAAGUUGGAGGACUCAACCAAAUAUUUAGUCAAUGUUUCCGAUGAAUUCCUGGAGCAUGUGGAAGAAACUCCCGAAGAAAAACCCAAGCCCACAAAGAAGGAAAAGCCACAGAAAAAGAAAAAAGACAAAAAGGAGGAGCUUCCCGCUGUUCCCUUGGAGGAAAUCGAACAGACCGUCGAAGUCGUCGAGCAACCCGAUGAGGAGGGCACCAUCAAAGAGGUGACCAUCAAAAAGCGAAAGGUUCUGCGCCGCAAGGGUUCCCAGGAGAAGGUCUUUGAGAUCACAGAAACCACCACCAGCGAGGAUCAGCCUCUUGCUGAGGUAACAGUCACUGAACUGACCGCCGAUGAGGUGGAAAUCUCCGAAGAAAAACCCAAACCCGUAAAGAAGAUCCUCAAGAAGCCAAAACAAUUGAAAAAGGAUGAAAUUGAGGAAUAUAUUAUCAAUGUUAUUGAGGAAUUCGUUGAGCAGGCCCCGAUCGAAACUGUGGAAAGUGAGGCAGAAGAAAUUCCAGAGGAAAAACCCAAGAAAACUAAGAAAACACCCAAGACAUAUACGGUCACUGAAACAGAAGAGGAGGCGGACUUGAAGCAACCCGAAGUACCAGAGGAAAUAUUUGUGGAAGCUGUGGAAAUAGUUCUUGAAAAGCCCGAGGAAACUCCUGCCUAUACCAUCGGUAUUACAGAGGAAACUACUGCAGAGGAAAAGCCCAAGCCAAAGUCCAAAAAAUCCUCAAAACCCAAGACUCAAAAGCAACCCUCACAAGAGGAAUCACCAGAGUAUCUCGUGAAAGCCAUAUCCGAGGAGCAACUACCCGAAGAAGACUUCCCCGAGCACACAACCAUCGUCCUGGAGUCGGAGGAGCCUACGCCUUUGGAGACACCAUCCUUCCAGAUCCAAGAACUCCAAACGGAGGCUGUGGAACAGCAAAUCACAGACGACAAGGGAGAAACCACCAAGCAGACUGUCACGAAGCGAAAGAUCAAAAAGCAGGUGGGUCCCAAGGAGGAGAUCAUUGAAAUUGUCGAGACCAUGACGGAGGGGGAUACACCCGAAUACGAGGUCAUAGUGCACACCGAAGAGGUGGAACCUGUGAAGGAAGACACGCCCCAGAUAGAGGCACCCAAAAAGGUGCGAAAAACAAAGAAGGUGCCCAAGGACGACCUCCACGAUUAUAUUCAAAAGCUCAUCGAGCAGGACAUACCGAAAACGGAAUUGGAAAAGUACGAAAAGAUCGACUUGGAUGAGCCGGUGAAAAUGAAAAAGAAACCCGUGAAAAAGGUCAAAGUUCUGGAGGAAAAACCCACCGAAAAGCCACAAGAAUCCGAAGAAGAAACAUCCCUGCCCGAGGAAGAUCAGCCAACGGUAGAGGAGGCCAAGGAAGAACCAAAACUAAAGAUCACUGUGCGCGAAUUUUCACCGGAAAAGCCCGAAGAAAAGUCCUUUGAAAUCGUAGUGUUGGAGGAAACAGUAGAGAUUCAACAGCUGCCCGAUGAAGAGGGUCAAAUCAGGGAAAAGGUCGUCAAAACAAAGAAAAUCAAACAGAAAAAGGGUCCCCAGGAGAUAGUUCACGACAUUGUCGAGGUCACGGAUGCAGAUACAAAUGAAUCUGAGAUUACAGUCACCACGACAACUCCAUCGGAGGAAACUGUGGAUGUCGAGCCUGUGGUUAAGCAGAAACGUACCAAGAAGAUCAAAAAGGAUGAUGUCGAGGACUUUAUCAAAACUGUGAUUGAGGAGGAAGCCCCGAAACCCGUCGAACCAGAGGCUGUUGUGGCUGUCACAGAGGAAACUCCCUCAGAACCUACGCCAGAAAAGCCCAAAAAGAAGACCAAGAAGGAAAAGCCAGCAACCGUUGAGGAGGACAAACCAGAACAAGAGGAAAUCUCUGUCGUGGAGAGUGUGCCUGAAGAUAUUCCGCAACCAGAAGAGCAUGUCUUUACUGUGGAGGAUUCCAUUCCGACUGUAGAUGAACCUGAACAAGAGGUCCAGCAAACAGAGGAAACUCCUAAGCCUGAAAAGAAAAAGAAACCAAAGGCAAAGGUCAUCGUUGCUGAGGAAGAACCCAAGGCAGAAACCCCCGAAGAGCCUCUAGAAGUUAAGGAAAUCGAAUCUGUUGCUGAUAAACCACAAGAUCAAACAUUCAGCAUAUCCAUCAAGGAGGAAACCCCAUCCCAGGACAAACCCACAAAGAAAAAGACAUCGAAAAAGCCACAGGAAACCGCUGAGGACACACCACUCGAUUCCUAUGAAAUUUCCAUUAAGGAAAGUUCGGCAGAACCGCUGGAAGAAAAACCAUUUACCAUCGAAGUGAUCGAAAGCGAAACACAGGUCAGGGAGACCACAGAUGCCGCUGGCGAGACCCACAAGGAGGUCACCACCAAACGCAAGAUCAAGCGACCCGAUGGCGAGGGUGAAAUCGAAAUCAUAGAAGUCCUUAGGGAUGAUCAACCGGAAGCGGAAAUCACAAUUGUGGAAUACGAGCCCGAAGCGCCCACAAAGGAGGAUGAGAAGCCCAAGGAACCCAAAAAGAAAACCAAGAAAGUGAAGAAGGACGACAUCCACGACUACAUACAAAAGCUCAUCGACAUGGAAACGCCCAAAACAGAGUUGGAAAAGUAUGAGAAAUUCGAUUUUGAACCGACCGUAAAGGAUAAACCCACGGAAAAACCCAUCGAAGUGGUGGAAGCGGCUCCCGAGGGCAAGCCAAAGAAGGAAAGGAAACCAAAAUCCAAGGAAACGACAAAGGAAGCGUCUCCUGUUCCCGAAGAACUGGCACAGGUGAAGAUCAUCGAGGAAGAAGCUCCCGAAGAAGAGCCUCUGCUGCCCGUUGAGAUUGUUGAGGUCCAACCAGAGGAGGUUCACAUCCAAGAGAUUGUCACGGAAGAGGGUAAACCCAUUCAGGAAAAGACCACCAAGCGGGUGCUGAAGAAAAAGGGACCCAAAGAGGAUACCACCUACAAGAUUACAACCAUCGAAAGUGAGGAUAAUGAUUCCGUGACGGUUAUUGUCGACGAGGAGCCACAGCCAGAGGCGAUCGUUCUUCCAGUGAAAGAACAACCCGAAGAAAAGGAAACGAAACCCAAGCCAAAGCCCAAGAAAACAGUCAAAAAGGUAAAGAAGGAGGAUCUAGACGAUUAUGUUAAGAAAUUAAUAGAAGAGGAAACACCGAAAGAAACUCCUAAAGUGGUAGAAGAAGAGGUUCUGCCAGUAGAGGAAGCGGUUCUUCCGCAAGUGGAGGAAUCCCUUCCAGUAGAGGUAGUCCCCGACUCAACCAAGCCCCAGACAAAGAAACCAAAGACCCAAAAGAAACCCAAGACUGAGACAGACGAACCCACAGAGCAGACGACAUACGUAACGACUGUAGAGAUACCCAAAGACGAUGAGGAAGAGAGCACAACACCAACAACAACAACAACACCGAUACAUGCACAAGAAUCACAUGAACCCGAGGACACAGCCACUGCACAAAUUACACCGCAAGAUGAAGCAACAACAGCACAGAAAACAGUUAAACAUAAACAGAAAACAAAACCCGAAACACAUAAAGAAAUCGUAGAAACACAAACAAGUGAAGCAACAGAGGUACACAAAGACUAUCAAAUCAACAUCAUUCAUGAGGAGCCCAUUGUCGAGGAGGCGGAGGAGCCCGAGAAGAUCCAUGAGAUACGUGUCAUUGAUGAGAUCUCAGAGAUUGAGGAAUCCCAACCCAUCAUUGAGGAAGUGGAGGAAGAGGAGGAGCAACCCAUUGCCGAGGACAAGCCCGAGGAUGUCACCAAACCCAAGGCCAAAAAGAAGAAGAUAAUCAAAAAGAAGACCGAUGAUCAUGAUGAGAUUAUCCGCAAAUUACUGGAGCAGGAGAUCGAGAAAACGGAGCUGGAAAAGUACGAGAAAAUCGAUUUCGAUCUGCCCAAGAAGUUGAAACCAGAAUUCGCCAAUCUCGAGCCCAUGAAAAUCGAGCGAAAGGAUCAGAAGCCAACCAAAGUGACGAUUGUAGAGGCCGCCGAGGUGCCGAAGCAGGUGAAACUGAAGCCUGGCAAACGCAAGGAAAAACCCACCGAAGAGCAGUCCGUACAGUUGCCCAAGUUCCGUCUCAAGACGCGCAUGGUUAUUGUGGAAUAUCCGCCGGCGCCAUUGAUACCCAAGCUAACAGAGAUUGGCGCCACAAAGGACAAUGGCGAGCUGUCGCGCAACAUCGAAGAGGCCGAAGAGGCGCUCAAGUUCAAGAAACCAAAGACCAAGAAGAUCAAAAAGAUCAAGGACGACAGGGAGAAGGUGGAGCUGGAAAAGUACGAGAAGUACGUCAGCAGCGAGGAGGAGCCCGAGGAGCAGAAACCCUACCAGAAGCCCGAAAAGACUCCCAAGCCCAAGGAAACGCAAGAAGAAGUGAAAAUAAAGCUUGGAAAGGGCAAAAAGAAGCCCAAGGAGGAGGAACAGCCAGAGAAUGUGACCCUCAAGAAGAUACCACAGAAGCCACAGGAAGUCGAAGAAGAAGUGGAGCUCCAGCGCAAGCCCAAGGAGGUCGUUGUGGUCGAGGAAGAGCCCAAGGAGCCCAAGGAAGGACACUUUGUGGUGCCACCCUUCGAGCCCGUGGACUUUGAGCCUUCGGAAUACGUGCCCGAGGAACUGCAGCCCAUUGAGCAUCCCGAGAAGCCCGAAAAACAAAAGAAACCCACGAAAACCAAGUACAAGCCCAAGGAUAAGUCCAAGCCAGAGCCGGAAACAAUCGUCUCAGAGAUUGUGCCGGGUGUGCCCAAGGCAGAGGAGGAGGUACCCGAACUGCAGGUGAAGUUCCGCAUUCCCGAAAGUGAAGCUCCAGAGGAGAUCGACUCUCAAAUCAAACUGAAACCAGUGCCAAAGAUCCCUGAGGCUGAGGCACCCGUGGAGGCAGCCAUCGUCCAGCCAAAGGUUGAGGAGCCCAAGCCAGAGGAGAUUCCAGAGAUUCCCCAAGAGGAGGCCAAGAAACCAAAGAAACCCAAGGCCAAAAAGGUACAGCCAAAGGAGGAGCAGGAGGUCGCCGAGGAAGCGCCACAAGAGUUUGAGGUCUCCGUGAAGGACGAAGAGGCACCAGAGGAGGCUCCCAUUGAAGAAGAGAAGCCCAAGGAGGUGAAGGUCAAGCAAAAGAAACCCAAAGAGGAACCUGUGGCCCAAGUGGUCGUCACGGAGGAAGCACCGCAGACUGAAGAAGUGCCCGAGGACAUACCCGUUGAGUACAAAAUCACAACGACAGUCCUGGAGCCCGAAGAGGCGCCCAAGGAGCACAAGGUGCGUGUCAUCGAUUCAGAUGAGCGCCGCGAGACCACCGAAGAAGUCAUCGAAGAAAGGGUUGUGACGCGCCGCAAGAAACCAAAGCCACAGCAACCCGAAGAGUACGAGGUCACGCUGCAAGAGCCGCUGGUGCAGGAACCCGAGGUCGAAGAGGUCACCGCCGAGGUCACCAUUCCCGUGGAGAAACCUGUCGAGGAAACAGAGGAAUUUGCAGUUGAACUGAAGCUCACAGAACCCACACCCGAAGAGCCUCUGCCCCAGGAGAUCACAGUCAAGGAAAAGUCCAAGAAGAAACCCACGAAGGAGGUCAAGGAAGAGAAGAUUGUGGUCGUAGAAGAGGAGAAGAUACAACCUGUGGAACAGGAGGAAAUCGUAGUGGAAGAACAGCCGCAAGAAAAGAAAAAGACAAAGAAACCCAAGUCCUACGAGUUCAGUGUCACAGAAACGGAAGCGCCCGUCGAGGAGAAGCCCGUGGAAGUGAUCGAAGAAGCUCCCAAAGUAGAGGAGGAGCAGCCCGAAGAAAAGGUCAUCGAGUCCUUCGAUUCGUAUGAAAUCACUGUCAAGGAAACAGAGGCUGAAAAGGUCACUACCGUCGAAGAACAACCCGAGUUGGAGGAAGCACCCGCCGAGGCUGUGUUCAAGCGUAAACCCAAACCCCAACCCGAGUCAGUGGAGGCUGAAUUUGUCUUGACAGAACCCAAGAAAACAGAGGAAAUCCAUGUGGAAACCGAAAUCAAGCAAAAGAAAACGAAAAAACCAAAGAAAACCGAAGAGGCAGCUGCUGAAUUGGAGAUCAAGGUUGUGGAGGCGGAGCCAGCCCCCGAACUGCCCGAAGAAGUGCCCGAGGAAAUCCAACCACAAAUUGUGGAAAAGCAGGAAAUUGUUGUGGAAGAAAAACCUCAAGAGUUCACGGUACGCGUCUCGGAAACGGAAGCACCAGAAAAGCCCGCGGAGGAGCCACAAGGUGAGGCACAGUUCACGGUCAAGAAGCGCAAGCAAUCGGUGACCUUUGCCGAUGAGCCGGCCACAGAGAUAAUCCUCACGGAGCCCAGACCCAUCGAAGAGGUCACAGAGGAGGCCCAAAUCAAGACCAAGAAACCCAAAAAGAAGGUCAAGGAGGUGGCAGCCGAAGAGCUAAAGAUUCAAAUCACCGAGGAAAUCCCCGAGGAGGCAGCUCCCAUCAUCGAAGAGAUCGAGGAAGUGGUCACCGAAAUCAAGGAAGUGGUGGCUCCCAAGGUGGAGGAUAAGACGUACAGGAUCGGUGUCACGGAAACGGAAGCACCCGAGAAACCUGUCGAGGAGAUUCCACAGGAAGUAGAGGUAGUUGCCGAACCAAUUGUGGAAGAACCUGAGCCACAAGUCUACGAAGAGCACAAGGUACGGGUCAUUGAGGAGACUCCCAGGGAAAUAGUGGAAGAAUCCAUCGAGGAAGAGGUCAAGGUGAUUCGCAAGAAGAAACCCAAGCCAGAGGUCAAGGAGGAACCCGAAGCGGCCGUCUCUAUACCCGCUCCAAAGCCCAUCGAAGAGGUCGAAGCCGUUUCCAGCAUCACCAUCGUGCCCGAACAACCCACCGAAGAGGAGGCCGCCGAACUCAAGAUCACCAUCAUCGAAGAGCAGGCCCCCGAGGUGGAGCUCGUCCAAGAGAUCGAAGAAAUCGAAGAGGCACCCGCUGCGGUGCCCACCGUAGAGGAGCUGCCCGAGGAGCAGGUGACGCUGCAGAAGAAGAAAAAGAAGGUGCCAGUGGUUGCCCCUGAAGUGGUGGAAGAGCCCGAGGCAGAGUUUGUGCUGAAACCCAAGCAGCCCGUGCAAGAGGUCUCCGAGGAGGCCAAGAUCAAGAAGAAGCCCAAGAAGGCAGCGCCUGUGGAGGAGGCUGCCGCGGAGCUGCAGGUAACCAUCACAGAGGAGGUGCCCGUCGAGCCAGAGCUAGUCCAGGAAAUCAUUGAGGAGAUCGAGGAAGUCAUAGAAGAGAAGCCCAAAGAGAUUCCCCAAGAGAAGCCCAAAGAGUACACCUUUGGCAUCAAGGAAACGGAACCAGAGAUCCAAGAGCAGGCAGAAGUGGCUCUUCCCAAGAAAAAACCAAAGGAAAUCCCAGUCGUAGAAGAACCCGAGGCUGAGGUCACCCUCAAGCCCAAGCCAAAGGUCGAAGAGGUCCAGGAAGAGGCAAAGAUUGUCAAGAAAAAGCCCAAGAAACCCGUCGAAGAAGUCGCCGCCGAAGAACUCACAGUCAAGAUCGAAGAGGAGGUCAUACCCGAACCCAUUGUCAUUGAAGAAGAAGAAAUUGUUGAGGAGGUGCAGCUAAAGAAAAAGAAGGCUCCCAAGGUGGAGCCCGUACCCGAGGAUAUUGUGGAUGAUGCCGUGUUCAAACUCAAGAAACCUGAACCCGUCGAAGAAGCCGAAGAAGUGAUUGCUGAAGUCACACUGAAGCCGAAGGCACCCAAGGAGAUCCACGAUGAAGAAUUCUCUGUGGAUGUGAAGCUGCCAAAGGAGAAGAUCAUCACCGAAGAGACCUCCGAUCAGACGGUGCAACUGAAGAAGAAGAAGAAGCCACAGAAGCCCGUGGAAGAAGCCGCCGAUGAGUUGCAGCUGCAGCAAACGGUCGUGGAGGAGAGGCCCGUGGAAAUCGAAGAAGAGGAAAUCAUCGAAGAGGCCGUCAUUGUGCGCCGCAAGCCCAAGAAACCCUUCGAGCCAUCCGUGGAGGAGCACGAGGAAACCGAGUUCAGUCUCUCGUUCAAGAAGCCCCACACCAUCAAUGAGGGCGUGGAAGAGACGGGCACCGUCCUAAAGAAACGCCCCCAGAAGCCACAAACCUUGGACGAGGCUGCCGCCGAACUGUCCAUCAAACGCCAGGAAGAAGAGUACGAGGAGGGCGAGGACAUUGAGGAGUUUGUUGUCAGCGCCAGGGCCAAGAAGAAGCCUCUGCAAAUCACCGAAGAGGACGAGGAGGCCUACACGGUGAAGAAGCAGCUGCGCCGCAAGAAGGUGGACAUUCCAGAGUACGGAGAAACGGAGAACGUGACCUUCCGCGCGCGCACCACAAAGACCAAGGAGGAUGUCGAUCAGGAGUUCAACAUUGCCCUCGAUUCGUAUGCCGAGGAAGAGGUGUCAAUGUCGGGCAAGAUUAAGAUCAAGAAACCCAUCAAGAAGACCUACAACGAGGCCGCCGAUGAGGCAAAGAUUAAGAUCAUGCAGGACUACGAUGAUGGCCAGGAGCAAAUCAUCGAAGAGAUACGCGACGAUGAGGACACCAUCGAUGAGGUGGAAGAGCCCGAAGAGUAUAUGGUUGAGGAGCUGCCCCCAGACGAGGUGGACUUCAAGCUGAAGCCCAAGAAGCAGCCAAAGCCCAGCUAUUCCGUACAGGAUGAGGAGGAGGAACAGUUCCUGAUUGGCAUACGUCAGCCCAAACGGGAUUCCAUUACGUACGAUGAGGAUUCGCUGACCUUCAAAAAGAAGCGAAAGGUUAUCCAACAAUUGUACAAUGAAGAUGGAGCGUCGCUGAAUAUCACCAGGGAAAUGAAUGUUGAAGAAUCGGAAAAUCUCAAUGUUAUGUAUUCGAUAUGCAAUUACAUUGCCGACAACGAUGAGGCCAUCAAUCUGGUGGAAGGUGAAAAGGUCACAGUGGUGGGACGACACAGUUCCGAGUGGUGGUACGUGAAGAAGAGCAUCACCGAGGAGGAGGGCUGGGUGCCGGCCCAGUAUCUAAUGGAGCCCGAGGAGUAUGCACAAUAUGUGCAGAAUAAACUGCACGAGAAGAUUGAUAAGCUGCCAGUGUUUGAACGUCCCGGACCCGAAGACAAGCCCAUUGCCCCGCGUUUCAUUGAGAAACUGCAGCCCAUACACACGCCCGAUGGCUAUACGGUGCAGUUCGAGUGCAAGGUGGAAGGCAGCCCCCGGCCACAGAUCGCCUGGUUCCGCGAGACGGCCAUCAUUAAGCCGUCGCAGGAUUUCCAGAUCUUCUACGAUGAUGAUAAUGUCGCCACUUUGAUCAUUCGCGAGGUAUUCCCCGAGGAUGCUGGCAAAUUCACGUGUGUGGCCAAGAAUGCCGCCGGUUUUACAUCGAGCACCACGGAACUGAUUGUGGAGAGUCCGCUGUCCGAUCAUGGCUCGGAUGCCACUGCCCUGUCGCGUCGCAGCAUGUCCCGUGAAUCCUCACUGGCCGACAUACUGGAGGGUAUACCGCCCACCUUCUCGAAGAAACCCAAGGCCCAGUAUGUCGAUGAGAACACAAAUGUGAUCCUCGAGUGCCGUCUGGUGGCCGUACCGGAACCGGACAUAGUGUGGACCUUUAACGGGGAGGACAUUGACGAGGAGGAGAUCAAAAACAUUCGAAUUGUCACCGAAUCCGAUAUGCACAUGUACUGCAGUGUGGUGCACAUAACCAAGGUGAAGAAAUCGCAGGAGGGCGUCUACGAGGUGAUCGCCACCAAUCGCGAGGGUGAGGCACGUCUGCCCAUUACCCUCAAGGUGCGCACCAACGAAAAGGAGGCACCGCAGAUCCUCGAACCGCUGCGCAACAUGGUCAUACGCGAGGGCGAGAGUGUCGUUCUGUCCACCCACAUUGUGGGCAAUCCGCCGCCAAAGGUCACAUGGUAUAAGGAUGGCAAGCCCGUUAAGAAUGCCAAAUCUGAUAAGGAUUUGCAUACCCUAACGCUGAUCACACCGAAGAAAACGGAAAAGGGCGAGUAUACGGUAAAGGCGGUGAAUCCUUUGGGCAGUGUGGAGACAACUGCAAAUCUAACAAUUGAAGAGCCCACAAGUGGAAAUGCCGAGCCGCCGCUAUUUGUGGAACGUUUCGAGGAACAAAAUGUCCCACAAAAGGGCGAGAUACGUCUGCCCGCCAAGGUCUCGGGCAAUCCCGUGCCCGAGGUCCAGUGGCUGUUCAACAAUGCCCCACUGUUCCCCAGCGAACGCAUUCAACAGAUCUACGAUGGCGAAACGAUCGAACUGAUCAUCAAGAAUGCCAAUCCGGAAACAGAUUCCGGGGACUACAAGUGCAUUGCCAGCAAUCCCAUUGGCAAGACAUCGCACGGGGCGCGUGUCAUUGUGGAGGUCGAUGAGGUGACCUUUACCAAGAAAUUAAAGAAAACCAUCACCAUCGAGGAGGUGCAAUCGCUGACGCUCGAGUGUGAGACGUCGCAUGUCGUCACCACCAAGUGGUUCUUCAACGGCAAGGAGCUAUCCGGCAUGGAUCAUCGUGUGGUCGUCGAGGAUGGCAAAACGCACAAGCUGGUCAUCCGCAACACCAAUCUGCGCGACUCUGGCACGUAUGUGUGCAAGGUUAAGAAGCAGGAAACAACAUCCACCGUGGAGGUUCUGCAGCGUAAGCCCGAUUUCAUCAAGGUACUCGAGGACUACGAGGUAACCGAAAAGGAUACAGCCAUUCUGGAUGUCGAGCUGACCACCGAAGCCACCGAAAUCACUUGGUUCAAGGAUGGUGAGAAGAUCACAGUCGAAAAUAAGAAUGUCGAAUUCAUCAAGGAUGGCAAGUCGCGUCGCCUGGUGAUCCGUGACACCACCAUUCACGACGAGGGCGAGUAUACGUGCAAAAUCGAGGGCCAUGAAUGCUCCUGUGAGCUGACGGUCAUUGAACUGCCGCCGGAGAUCAUCCAUCCACUGGAGAAUGUCGCUGUCACGAAGGGUGAGAAUGCCAUCUUUGAGCUGGAGCUGAGCAAGGGCGAUGCCCUCGUAAAGUGGUUCAAAAACGGCAAGGAAUUGGUCUUCAAUGAACGCAUUCAGCUGGCCAUCGAUGGCAAAAAGCAGUCGCUGCGCAUAGUUAAGGCCAGGCCAGAGGACGCGGGCGAAUAUUCCAUUCAAGUGGGUGAACAAAGCUCAAAGGCCACACUGACAGUGGAGGAGCCACUGGUGGACUUUGUCGUCCGUCUGCCCGACGUCACUUUGGCCACAAAGACCACCGAUGCCGAGUUCACUGUGGAGCUGUCCCAGCCCGAUGUGGAGGUGACAUGGUUCAAGAAGGGUAAGCCCAUCAAACCCAACCCUAAGCACGAGGUAUUCGUGGAGGGCACUGUCCGACGGCUGGUCAUCCAUGAGGCCAGCGACGAGGAUGCUGGCGAGAUCAGCUGUGUGGCCGAGAACGUCACCAGCAGCACAAAGCUGUGCGUUGAAGAGCUCAAGCUGCCGCCCGUCAUUACCUCUGACAAGGAGCAGACCCUCAAGGUGAAGGAGAACGAGGAUGCCACAUUCACUGUCAAGUACACGGGCGGUGCACCGCAACCGGAGGCCAUUUGGACCACCCGUAAUGUUGUCAUACCCAAGUCAAAGCGCGUUACGCCAUCGAUUGAUGAGCAGUGUGCCACAUUGACCCUGCGCAAGGUUGUCGACGAUGACGAGGGCGAGUAUACGGUGAAGCUGGUGAAUCCCGUGGGCGAGGCAGAGGCCAGCCUACAUUUGGUUAUUAUGCGCAAACCCACGGCACCUGGCACUCCACAGCCCCUCGAGGUGAUGCAUGACUCCAUUACGCUGUACUGGAAGGCGCCCGAGGAUGAUGGAAAGUCCGAAAUAAUUGAAUACAUUCUCGAAUAUCAUGAUGUUAAGGAAGAAAAAUGGACUGAAAUACGUAAAAUCAAGGAUACCACCUAUACCAUCUCCAAGCUGAAGAUCGACACGGAGUAUGUGUUCCGUUCGAUAGCCGUGAAUGAGGUGGGACCCUCGCCGCCAUCGCCCCUGUCGCCGCCCAUUCGUCUGGUGCCAAAGGUGGAGACAGAGGCGCCAAGCGUGCGCGAGGCACUGCAGGAUGUGUCGAGUGAGCUGGACAAGGAGGUCACACUGUCCUGUGUGUUUGGCGGCAUUCCAGAGCCAAAGGUCCAGUGGAAGAGGAACGGACAGGCGUUCGAGUCGACGAGCGUGCGCUACGAGAACCGUGUGGCCAAAUAUAUUAUCGAAAAGACAACAAUUGAGACUGAAGCCACGUACACGUGUGUGGCUACCAAUGAGAGGGGCUCCGUGGAGACCUCCUGUAGACUGAAGCUGCAACAGAGGCCCAUUGUCGAGGUGGAGGACAAGUAUCUGCAACAGAAGCUCCGCACAGGCAGCACUCUCACCAUUCCAGCAACGGUGCGCGGCUAUCCACAGCCCACGGUCACAUGGCACAAGGACACCAUCGAGCAGAAGACGACGGUGUCCAUUGAGACCACAGAGACGACAUCCACGUAUUCCGUGAAGAAAUUGACCCGCGAGCACUCUGGCAAGUACAAGGUGACGGCCACGAAUGACUCCGGCUCCGCGUAUGUCGAGUGCACUGUGCAGGUGAUCGAUAAGCCCAGUCGCCCGCAGUCCCUGGAGAUUAAGGAUGUGAAGAAGGACUCCAUCAUACUGGAGUGGACACCGCCGGUCGAUGAUGGCGGUCUGGACAUUAACAAGUAUACGCUGGAAAAGUGUGACGUUCAAAAUAAUGUGUGGAUGAAGGUCUCCGACUUUGACAAGGACAUUCAUUCGUAUGCCAUUCAGAAGCUGUCCAUUAACUCCCAGUACAUGUUCCGUGUGGUGGCCGCCAAUCCCAUUGGUGAGUCCGAGCCCACGGAAUCGGAGACUGUGACGAUAACCAAGAAGUUUGAUAAACCCUCACCACCGCGUGGCCCUACCAAUGUCUCUGGCAUGAACGACACUUCCUUUACGCUGGCCUGGGAGCCAUCGGAGAGCGAUGGUGGCUCCAAGAUACUCGAAUAUAUUGUGGAGAUCAGGGAAGAGACUGAGACCAUCUACCGUUCGGUGGGCACUACCCUCGGCACUGUCACGAACAUUCAUGUGGAGCAGGUGCUGCGCACAAAGGGCUACUUCUUCAGGAUUUAUGCCCGCAAUGAGGCAGGCACCAGCGAGGCCUACGAGACCACCGAAAAGAUCCUUGUGGGUCGUAAAAUAACCAAUGAAAAUGAGAAUGCACCGCCAUCGCCGCCACAGAAUCUGAGAGCACCAGAUGUCACGAGCCGCAGUGUGACCCUCGAUUGGGAGGUCCCAGCGCGCAAUGGUGGCUCCGAAAUUACAGGCUAUUGCGUGGAGAAACGUUCAUCGACAUCCACGACCUGGACAAAGGUCAUUACCCUGGAUGCACAUCAGCUGCACUAUACGAUCGAUAAUCUGAAAGAGAAAUGCGAAUACUGGUUCCGUGUCUCGGCGGAGAAUGAGAUGGGGCUGGGCGCCCCAGCCGUCACCGAGAGCAUAUCCCUCAAGACACAUGCCACCGUUCCCUCGCCACCGACGGCCCCACUGGAGGCGCGUGUUCUCGCCGCCAAUGCUCACAUAUUCGAAUGGGGUAUACCCGAGUCAGAUGGAGGUGCACCACUGCUCGGCUACCACAUUGCCAUACGUGACAUGAAGAAGACCAUGUGGAUAGAGGUGGGUCGUGUGCCGGCGGGUGUGCAGCGCUUCCAGAUACGCGAUCUGCAGGAGAAUCACGAGUACAUGAUACGGAUAUUCGCCAAGAAUGAGAUCGGCUUGAGUGAGCCACUGGAAUCGGAGGAGCCCUACAAGGUUAUGACAGCAGGCCAUGAAAGCCUGCCCGAAGAGCCACGCACCGAGAUGAGCUCGUGCAACACAUCGUCGUGGCUAAGGGAUCAUAAUAUGGAUGCCGAUAUCCAUUCGUAUGCUCGGGGCAGGCUCCUGCAGCGUGAUGAGUACUUCUUCAGGCUGUGGGCGCAGAUGCCCAGCAGCAGCAAAAAGAAGAAAAGCCUCAAAUAAUUCAUCAAGAGAAAACAAA